ACUCUAAACAGCGUGAAGCGGUUUUAAAGAUGUAAAAAUAGACGAUAAAAGUUGCCUUUCGCUAUCUUGGAAUUUGGGAUUCGUCAUGAUUUGCUGCGACGCGCAUGCGCACAGAGCCCUGUAAGCGAUGGCGAAAUUCCUGACUUUUAUGCAAGCAGCAGGGUUAGAUGGAAAGUUAUCUCGAUAAAAUUUGGCACUCGAGCUGAAACUAUCGACACUCGGCGUCGUCGCGGUUGCUCGCCUGUUACUUCAGCCUGUUUUCGGGAGAAGUCAAUACGAGUGACCGUAGCUGGUUAUUGCGAAGAAAGCACAUCUUCAUCUUGCUAACUAUUAGCUGGGUAGCAUUAGUAGCUUUACGUUAGCAUGUCACAUUCUGCCUUGUCUUCUGUUUAUCUAUGUAGCUAGCGGAAUUCUCCGUCUCAGGUGUUUGCAGAAAAUAGAAAAGCUGACGUUAAAGAUUUUCUCCGUCCUGCUGCAUCGGAAUCAUCAUCUGUGUGUGUAUCAGUGAAGUCUACUACUACUGCUGCUGCUGCUGUGUCCACUGACCUGAGUGAGUAACGUUAGCCUCCUCCUGUUGUUGGUACAAGCUGACUCAAAACGAUUUAUCAACAUUAUCUUUGAGGAAAAACUCAAGCUGAAUAUAUCGUUUGUUAACUACCUGACUGCAAUUAAAUGUUAUGCAAUUAAACAGCGAGUAGAUAAUGUCCCGGUUUGAGUACACACCUGUAGCAAGAGUAAACAAAUGAUCUGGCUGCACCAUUGCUAACCUGUUUUUUAUUAUAUAGCUUCCUUAAGAAGGCUUUGUGUUAAUUAGCAUUUGUUUAGUUUUUCAAAAGGGGGGUUUAUGAUGGUAAAUCUGUCUUUAAAGCAUAGACAGUGUUAGCCAAAUGGGUAACACACAGGCUCGAUCUCAUACAUGCUCUGAAUUGUGAAUCAGCCGUGUGAAGCUGGCAGAAAAAUGCUGUCUCUCUGUGUGUUUUUAGCUCUAAACAAAGUUCUCUGACAUUAUUUUGAACAAAUGUAUAUGUAUAUAAAUAUAAGUGAUGGUCUGUCUGUAUCUCUCUAAGGUGUUGGCCACACAGAGCAUCCCAUUACUGGACAAAUUUUAGUGUACAAAAGGCCAAAUGUUCAGUCUUCAACAUAAGGCAUGCAUCAAAUGGUUAUUUCACACUUCCAAAAAAAUAAAUAAAUACAUAAAUAAAAUUUUAUUCAUAUAGUGCCAAUUCACGAGCAGGUCUAGACCACGCUCAUUGUUUAAUGAAUUAUCAGGACCCAACCUAAGAUGGGACAGAUUUAACCCAUCUCAUCUAACAUGAGUAACAGUGGCGAGGAAACACUUCCUUUUAACAGGCAGAAACCUUGGGUAGGACAGGACUUCCACUCACCAAUACUAACUCUGGACAGCGUACUGUCAUGUUUAGAAGUAUGAAAAUAUGGAAUAGUCUUCUUUCUGUCAUUACAAGGUUUAAAAAUAAGGUAUACCAAUAUCUACUGAUCCAGACUCACUGAAAUAAGAAACAGAACACCUAGACCAGGCUGUGACAACAUACAAUACAUGGGAUUUUGAUUAUGAGUACAUUUAUCUUGGCUUUUAUUUUAAUUGGAAAUGUAAUGUCAUCAUAAUUUUUGUUUUAGUUAUGAUUUUAACAUCUUGAACUCUUAUCAUGUUAAUUUAUACAACUGUUUAUUGUCUGCUUGUGGACCCCAGGAAGAGUAGCUGCUACUUAUGUAGUAGCCAAUGGGGAUCCAAAUAAAUAAAUAAAAUAAAUCCUGCGCAUUCAGGGUGUUUUCCCAAUAUCGCCAGAAAUGAAACUGAAAACCAACUGUGCCCUUAUCAGCUAUCCUCUUUAGCGACAGUCAAAUAAGACAUUCGGUUAGAGCAGCAACAGAUGUCACCACAGUUUCUAUAUUCAAGUAGUGUUCAUUGUGCUGUAACAGGAAAAGCUGUGCACAGGCUGCAGUGCGAUGCAAAUGCAACACCAGAGUCAGCUGCUGCUGUUUACUCUCAGCAAUUUACUGCCAGAUUUCCUCCUAAAAGGGGAAAAGUCAUAACUCUACGCAAGUGCACAUGUUCCUGUUUUAGCACAGAUAACAUGCCACUCCUUCAGCCUCCACAGGUAACUCUAUACUGAACACCUUCAAUCCUUCUGGGAAUACAAUGCCACCUUUUCAAGUCAUCGAGUCUCCAAAAUGUGGGUGAAAGAGAAACUGUGUUCAGGGACCCCCCAUUUUGACUCGCCUCAGUAGCAGCUGAGAUUGUCCUCUUGAGACUUGGCAAAUGAUUUCAGACUCAAACAUGGAUUGUUUCUUUUCUUUGUAUAAAAUAAUAUGUGAUACAUUUACACUGUCAACUCACUUAGAGGCUAAAUGACCAGAGGGGCCCUGCCCCAAUAAGAGUGCCAUUGGCACCGGGGUAAUCUCAUGCUGUUGUUUCUAGUGUAGCAGUAGUUCCCCUAAACCUAGUUCAUUGACCAUCACACUGUAAACUGACUGUGUGGGUUAAGCUCAAGGAGGGGAGGGGCUAAAGCUAACAGAUAAGCCAGAUCACUGUGGGGUUUAGGGGCGCAUGCGCUGGAUAGUAAUUAGGUUCAAGGACACAUGUUACACUCUCUUGGUGCUCUUUCUUUAUUUAAACAUAGUUCUUGUUAGCUGUCUAAUGUUUUUCCUUUUUUUUAUCCAGGCUUUGACUUUUAACUCAUGUCACUGCAGUGUCUGAAGUGCAACUCUUACUUCUCUUUUUUCCCUCAUAGUUUAUAAUUUAAUGUAGUAUGUAAUUAAUGUAGGCUUAAAUGAUCUUUUAACCACAAUAAAAAGCUUUCUUUACCAACUCAAUAAGAUAAGAAGACCUUUAUGUAAGAUGUUAAUUGGGAUAAUCUGUUGCUAGAGCGUCAUAUAGUUCCCUCUGUACAAAUUUGACAUUUUUUUGUACUUUAUUUUUCUUUUACCUGCUUAGUCAUUCUUGAUUGUCACUCAAAAAUAAUUUAACAUUUUUACUGAAAGGAAGGUUAUUCAUUGUCAGUAUGGAAAUAUAGUUGGCAUUGUAAAAAGACUGUAAAAAGACUGUUUAUUGAUAAAUCUCCCUUUUUGGUGCACAGCUUCAGGUACAAUAUUAUCUCUUUGGUAUUUGAUCAGGUCUGUUUGGUUUGGAUGGAGCAGCUGGCCUAACUUGACUGCUGAUUGAUGCAAUCAGAAAAUAUCUCUCAGAGUCAGCAGCUGGGCGACUGUGCCAGAAAUCACUGCCAGUGAAUGACUGACAGAGGAAAACAACGUGUGUGUUUGGAAAUUAAUUAUGAUCGGUGUCAUAUAGCCACUCAGCAUUUCAUAUUCUCAUUAAGUCUUAACCAGAAACAGUGUAGUUUAGACAUUCAGAGGUCAAUUUCCCUGUGCUAUUUGUGUUUUUCACUUUGAAGGCACCAUUAAAAUAACUGAAUACAGACCUGACUAUUAGUUUAAUGAAGGAACAAAUCAUCAGAAAGCAACCAAACCACUCUGUGGUAGCAUUGUCACCGAAUAAACAUUUGUUACUUCUCAGGAAAAGAGAAAAUUAUCCUGUUAUUGAAGCAAUCGGUAAAAGCCUGGUUUCCGUCCUUUACUUGCAACCCUUCAUUUCUAAAAAGCGAGGAUAUCUUAUCUCUCAAAGGAAAAUGAUAGUUUUACAAAUAAGAUAACAUAUAAAAAUCUCAAAAAUGCUAGAAUUGCUAUCUGGUGUUUACAAAAUUCCUACAUUUUGAGAUAAUCCUACUUUGAUGAUAUGGAAGUAAACACACUGACGCCUGUUUUUAUACUUUUAUAGCAGUACAGGUUUAAGGUGAUCAUAUAUUCACACUGUAUAGUAGAGGAGAAAGAAGCUACCUCUAUGGUUCUUUGCCAUUUGUCCAGUAUCUCUCAUUGACGGAGACUGUUUGUUGCAGGAGCACCUCUUCAGUGGUGUGGAUGAGGGAGACAUGGCAGACCACACCCCACCUCUGGAGUCUGGCCAGCUUCUCAGCCCUGAACUCCCAAUCCUGGCCUCACCACCACCCCCAGCUAUGGUCAAUGGAGAGGGCCCCCAGCAGGUACACUCAGACCCCUUUGCCCCCGUGUCUUAUUGCUUUUGCUCAAGCUUGCUGAAUCAAAGCUGCUUUGUUUGACUUUUGGGGAACUGCCUCAGCAAUAUCCACAGAUGAAGUAUUCUUCCAAGAUAAAUUUAUUUAGUUUGUUGUGGUUUCCACUCUUCUGUUGUUAAACUAUUGUGUGUUCAGGGGUACUGGCAAUGCAGUGGGAAAGCUUGCAUGCUUUGAAGAACUGGUUGCUCUACAAUAACACUUGACUGCUUUGCAUAAAUAUAAGUCUUAAGUGCAUUGCAUAAAUGGGUAAUUUUUAGAGGGUGCACUUGCAAAACUUGAGCACUUAAAUUGUGGGAGUAAAGACAGGGCAACAUAAAACACAGACUGUGUUAGAAAGUCCUGCAGAGGCUGUUGUCGAGGUUUUUUGUGUGUGGAGCAUUAAUAAAGAUGUAUCAAUGAUUUUAAACUAUUUUAAAAUUUACUUCUCUUUCUGUUAUCAGGAUUACAAUACAUCAAAAACUGCUGUUUUCCACAAAAAUCUGUCAUUUUAUUGUGUAGCCACUAGCCGUGGAUUGAGUGUUGUACUUGAUGUCCCUUAAAAAAUCUCACCCUGUGAAAGCUGCUGUGUUUGGUGGUUUGUAAAUGAACCUUUCAGUUGUGUCCUAAACUCAGUAUCAGUAUUGAAAUAACCAAAUGGGUUUGCUGUUCUCACUUCAUGUGCCGGUGGAGCAUGGAGUAUGUCACAGGUAACAGGUGCUUAUGGGGUUUUGAACCAGUCAUCUCUCAGUUUUGAUAGCAGCGUUUGCUUUGCGAGCGCCGGGCCUUUCCUGUCAGAAUCAGAGUGAGACUGAUCGGCUCUGACAAGCCUGGGUGAUUUUCCUGUCAUUUUGAUGGCCAUCGGUUCAAUUUGCUUAAGUUUCCGUGGCUUCACGGGGGACUAGCAUGGAACCCGCUGUGAUAUCUUUUCCGUCAUUUACUCGGUCCUCUGCGGCCUGUCCAGAUAAGACUGGCUAAUAUUAGCCCUGCCUUAUAAACACACCUUUUCCAGCGUCUUGUCAUUUUCCACAGUGGAAAACCCUCACCUGAAUCAGGCUUUGUUCACAGAGAGAUCAAAUUUUGCUGGUUGUGUUGGUCUGUAAGGGUGUUGUUCUCAUGGAAUUCAGUUACCUCACCACCUCCCACAAAGGUUACCCGAUUACAUGUACUUGUCUGUGGUCGGUGUUUGCGGUGUUUUAUGAAAGCUAGAGGAAUAAAAUGCUUCUGUACCUUUCUUGUAUUUAUCAUUACUACCCUGCUGCUUGGGCCAGUUUGAGACACUGCAUGUUCAUGAUGGCUAAAAUGUACUGCAAUAGGCUCCUAUGUAGAGGGAUAACAAGUACCAGAUAACUCAGAGCAGUUCCAGUUUUCUUUUGUUUGUUUGCUCUUUAAACCAAAGCACGAUGUCUCGGUUUUUGGCCUACAGGUGUUUUUGUAGACUGCUCCUUACAGACAUACAAAUACCCAGAGAAUUUGUAUAUAAUUAAAUACAGUAACAGCUCCUUUGUAUUAACCCAAGAUUUAAUUCAUGUCAAUUUUCAUGCUGUAUGUUAUGAGGUAGGGCUGGGAAAUAUGGCCUCAAAUCAGAUCACCAUAUAUCGAUCAGUUCACCUCGAUAAUGAUAAAUGGACGAUAACUACUCCACAAGCUGCUCACCCCCUCCCACAUUAACUUCGUCUACUUCAACCGCCGCUCCAGCCGCUACAACUUUUGAACUGUCCUCCAUCUCCUCACCUGUCUUUCCCUCUUGAUGUAGGACAGCGUCUUAAAGGGACAUGAGACCAUAGCCUACCUACACAUACAACAACUUUUAUGGAAUUGUUUUUUUGACACCGAAUAUACCGACAUUAUAGGGCUGGGCGAUAUGGGAAUAAGUUUAUCAUGAUAUAUUUUUUUUGAGCAGUCAGUAUCGACAUAUAUCACAAUAUAAAAAAUGAAAUUUAACAGUGCUUAUUGGUAGCAUGUUUUUUGCAGUACAAUAAGCUACUGCAUCUGUGAGGUCUUUGCGUCUCCUAGAAGUUUUGUCGUAAGGCGUUGCGCUAGAGAAAACGGACUGAAUGGUCGGCUGUUUCGGCUGCACAGGUGUUCUUAUUCAGCACGAAGCGGACCUGGAGCAACUCCCCUUUUCAUCGGCUAUUCGUAUAGUCUACCAAAACAUGGCAGAAUGCUGACUAUUGAAAAGCAUAUUGACCAUGUUUUAUAUCGAUACUGAGGGAAAUUAAUUUUCAAUGUAUAUCUAUAGUGAUUGUUUUAUCACCCAGCCCUACGAUAUGGGCAAAAUGACGUUGGUUAUUGUAAAUUGUAAAUUUCGGUAUCGGUAAACUUUUCGGUUUGUCGCCCAGCCCUAUUAUGAGGUCAAAAUGGCUUUUGCUUAUAAUAAAUGGCAAAAUUCAAGUAUACAUACAGUGGGAGCCAUUACCUCAAUAGAUCAUGCUUCUUCCUGCCUCCAUUAGCGAGUAAUGAGAACUGACAAAAGGGACAUCUUCAAGACACUGCUCCUUACAACGCGUUUAUUUUUUUCCUCGUAAAUUGCUGCUAAAACUGGAUAUUACAGACUUCUUCUAAGCAGUCAUUAUUUCAAUAAUGUAAUAUCUGGUGCAUAUUUUUUUUCACUGUAAGGGGUAAGGUGUGAGUGCGUGAUGGCAAUGCUUGCGUGUUUUUAUUACCUCAGCGUGACGUCUCCUGUCAGAAAAGUGAAGUCUAAUAGUGUGACGGAGAAAAGAUGAAUUUGUUGUUGUGUUUUUUUGAAGACUGUAAUGGUUUUAAAAUGUGUCGCAUUUGUUCCUUGUGCGGUGUUUGUUGAUUUAUGAAGGUGAAAAUGAGUAAAACAUACAAGCCUGAAUUCUUGGAGCUCAAGAGCACAGAUACUUUAAGGAUUUUCCCAAAUGACUGAAUGACAUCUGUACUGAUUUAGCUUCUUAGUUAAUGCAGCCUUAUGGUUCUCUUCACAUCGAUUUCUUUUUUAUUUUUUGAAGUCUGCCUCUCUUUGAGUUCAUUUUUACUAUGAUAUUGAUCUUAUAAAUUCUCUGGUUGCAUUGCUUUUAUGGUUAUUGGUUUACCCAUGGAGAGCUGAAACUUAAUUCAGUACAUAGAGACCACACAUAAGACAGGGUGGAUAAGAUUUUAGGUAAUGGGCCUUUUUUCAUAUUUAUCAGAGAAGCUAAAUCUUGUUCUUAAUGUAAACAAAACGUCUUUUGAAACCUCCUAUUUCAUUAUAACUCAAGCUUAUCGAGAUGAUUCGCCUUCGUAUGACUGUGCAGGCUUCAUGAGUGUUGUACGUCUGGGAAGGUGUGUAAAUAUAGUGACAGCUGCAGAGUGAGGAGCAGGAACCACUGGAGGGGUCUGGGCCCUGACAGAGCAAAGCAGGACGGCGGUGACAGUGAAGAGGAUUCACAGCGAUGGCUGACCCCGUCGCUUCUGACCUUUAGCUGGAGAAGCUGCAAGGACACUUGAUUCUUUGUUCAUGGUUUCUUUAUCCCGGUCGGUUGGACCAAUUAUUCUGAGUCAGAGAGGAAGCUGUUGUCUUGGGGUCAUUACCUGAGAUGAUUCCUUUAUAGAGAUGACUUUGGCUAUAGUAUGAUUCACUGCUUCCAUCCAUUUAGCUCUCCCACCCCUCCAAGAUGUUCCUGCUCAUGAUGAUUGUUGCUAAAUCAGUUCCAGAUGAAUCAGUGUUUUUUUUUUUUUGUCCGGCUAAAGGGUUAUGUACUUAUCUUAUUUGUGCAUCCUCUUUUAUCUGUACAUUAGUCCUCUUCAUUCAUUAGCCCUUUUGUCCUCCUCGUGUUCUUAUAUCCUCCAUUUUGAUGUAUUUUAGGUCUGUGUUCGGUGGUUAAGAGACUGUGUGUGUGAUAAAAACACCUCUGAGAAAAAUUUGAUGAGCCGUGAGUAGAAAUGGCUCAUUGGCAGUUAUUUUCACUCCUUGUUAAAACUCUGAGUAGUUACUGUCAAAGUCUUUCCUGGGAAUAAACCAACCUGACAAGAAAAGUGCUUCAUUACACAAUCUUAAUAAGCCAGCUGAGUUUUUUGAAGGUAGAUGGAGUGGUGUAGAUUCAGCCACGUCUUUUCUUUCAUUUUUAUUAAGUCGUCCUUGAUUUGAAUUUAAACACGUUCUGUUUGCUCCGGUUGUGCGUGUGUGUGAGAGGGAAUGAGAGGGGGAGGGAGCACUCUGAAUUAAAUAGUUACUCCUCAAAUUGAACAGGGAGCACACAGCCAUGAGUGUGUGGUCUGCUGGUGGCUAUGUGCCAUGUGUGGGCUAAUGUUACUGUGAGAUAGUGAGACCUCACUCCCGACUCAGCCGUCUUGGUGCUGGCCUUGUAUGCUAUAGCCAGACACAGGAGACAGGGCCUUGGACAUGUGCCCAUCACAAGUUACCAGAGGGCUUGAGUUGUUGUGAAAAAAAAUGCAACCCACACUGCCUGUCUCCUGGUCGGCCACUGAAUCAUCUGUGGAGAUGGGAGUGAGCCCACUAUUUGUCAACUAUUGUGAGGAGGAGGAGGACAGUGUGUGACUCAGCAGUGUUUAGGACACUUUCUUCCAGUGAGACAAACCAUAUAAUCAUGACUGCACCAAUAUUCAGAGCAGACGCAGGUGCCCAGGAAGAUAAUACCCAGAAAAUCAAUCAAUACGAACACUGGCCUGAGCCGCACGCAGUAAUGGUUCCAGUACAAGUACGGCAGGAGAUCAUGUCAUGGUCUGAUGAUAGCCUGAAAUAAACCAAACAAGAUUAAUGCUACACAUUUAAACAUUUAAACAAUUUAUAAAAAGACUCCUUUAUUUGCACAAAAGUUUAUUUUAAGGGUAAUAGAAAUUAUAUUCGAUAGGGUUAUAUCAAUACAUUUUAACAGCAAUGCACAUUGUCAUAUUGCUGGCAACACAUUAAAAGGUUACUGUUUAGAAGAAUAUAAGUAAACUGAUCCAGUGACUAAAAAUACAAUAUAUAAGUCAUGAUUUUAUUCAACAUUUUAAAGUGUCGAAUAAAUACCUGGAUCUACUCUAUUCUAUAAGCACCAUCCUCCAUUAGGGCAGGUUCUUGUCAUCAAAACAAAGAGUUUUAUUUUCUGUUCCUGAUCAAUAUGAAAGCCGUCACUCACAAAUCAUGAGGCAUGAUGUGGGAUGCUCUGUAUUUUGGCUCUGAAGUCUGGAUCAUUUUUUUAUAAAUGUAAAGGUUUAUCUGUGUGGAUGUGUAUCAUUACUGACUGCCAUGGUAGCUUUAGCCUUUAGACUUAGACUUUAGAGUCUAAGUGAAGAUGUUAGUGAUGCCUGAGACCUUUUCUGGGACGGUUGAGAAAACGUAGCAUAAGGUAGGGCUGGGUGAUAUGGCCUCAAAUCAAAAUCACAAUAUCUUGAUCAGUUCACCUCGAUAACGAUAAAUGACGAUAACUACUCCACAAGCUGCUUACCCCCGCCCACAUUCACUUCGUCUACUUCAGCCGCCGCUCCAGCCGCUACAACUUUUGAACCGGUGUCAUGUCUCUGACUUAGGACAGUGUCUUAAAGGGACAGGAGACCAUAGCCUACCUACACACAUCCAAAACCAACUUUUAUUUAUUUAUUUUUUUGACACCGAAUAUACCGAUAUGGGCAAAAUAAUGUUGGUUAUUAUCGUAAAUUUUGGUAUUGGUAAAUUCUCGGUUUAUCGCCCAGCCCUAGAAUAAGGUAACUUGUAGUUUGAUGCUCAUACAUUCCCUUCAAUGCCUCGAUUGUUCAGCUGAAAGAUGGACAGGGUUGCCGGGGUGUUUAAUUUCACCUCUGCAUGCUGUGCAGACGGUCACUGGUUUAUCAAAAGCUAUACUUCAGACUUAAAACCACUCUGCUUGUCAAUCUAUGGCACUGUUGGCCUAUGCCCAGACUGUCACUGACUGACUAAAGUUUAGCUUUCCUUUUCAUUAAAGUGCAGAAAUACAUCCACAUAACUAACAUUUGUCAUGCUAAACAUAGAAUGCACAAUAUUUCUGUGAAAUAGUCCCUAAAUCUCCUUUAAACUAAAUUGUGAAAAGCUUUAUUCUUCAUGUCAGAUGAUCAAGAUGAGUGGAAAGGUCAAACAUUGUUGUGAGCUAAAUCUCCAAGUGAAAAUCAUGAGCUGAUCAUAAGACGUCAUCAUAAAAAGAUAUUUGUAAACUCCGUCUCUGGACUCUGCUUGGAGCUGACUGACCAAACAAACAAAGAGACCAACCUCUGGAAGUCAGGAAUCAGAUUGGAACUGAGGACUACUUGAAAGAAGUACAAAGUGCCUGAGCCAUGAUGAGAAAUUCCUCUGGAAAGACUACAGUCCACGGCACUUCACACUUCACAGGGCUGUGGCGGUGGAGCAGCCAGAUGAAAGAUACUCCUGAGGAGAGAAAAGGUGCACAAUAGUGUGCCCAGAGUUUGCAGAAAUUUAUAUGUCAUAAUCCACAAGCUGAAAAUAAUGGUGUCUGAUUGAACAGAGAUGACUAUUUCAGCGGUGGCAGAGGGAUCCCUGUAUCAGAGCUAUUUCACUCUGUCAUUUAUCUGACACCUGCGCCUCGCUGAAGGAUGGUCGACUUAGACUGUGAGACGUAAUGGUGCAGAGAGAGAACCAGAGUCAAAUCCAAGAAGAGGCUCUGAGUUCAGUUCAGUCCCUGUCAUAUUAGCAUUAUUAUUAAUGUGGAGGCUGAUUGACAUUUAGUGAGACACGGAUCUUAAUAAUGUCUCUGGGUCAAUACUGGAACAGAGGUACUGUAUGAUAAGGCGUUUUCUAAAUUGAUUGAUGUCUAAAAGAAAAAAAGGAAAAGGAAGCAAGGAAUGAAGGCUUCAGUUUCUUUUCUGUUACUCUUUAAUUUAUUUAUCUGUGCACCUGAUUUGGAUAUUAAUAUGAGAACGUUUAUGUGCUUCAAAAUAAACAACACCUUUAUUUCCGAAUGUAAAAUUAGAUAUCGUUACAGAUUAACUGCGGUUGCUGUGAGUUCUGAGGCGUAUGCCGUCACUUGGUCAGGAAACGUGAUUUAAUUGACACGGUUAAUAAAAGACCGGUGGAAAACGACAUGCAGUGUAGAUUUUAGAUAAUACAUGGGCGCAUGAGGUUGGCUGUGUGGACAACAUUACGUAAAUUGUCUGAUAAAUAUGCAAAGCAGAUUGUAUUCCCUGACGUAACACUGAUAAAAGAUAUUUAUGAGGACUUUCUACAGCAUAAGCACCUCUCGCAAAGGUUUUAUUUCCCACCUGUUGUUUCCUGCUGUCCCGUCAUGCAGCGUUUCCAGGGACUCCUGGAGGGCGGAGGAUCAUCAAAUUGCCUCGAAUUACUUUUACACACGUAAGCAUAUGCCAUCAUCUGCGUUAGUUCCUGGCUAGUUCCGACACUGUCAGGAUUUUCCCACUGUCGUUUGGCUUCUGUUUCCGGUCCACCCAGCUGCUAUGUCACAUCAACACGCAGUAAACAAUUAGGAGGAACAAAUAGUGAGAAACCUGAACUCUGAGUCACCAUUGACUGAGAAACGUCAGAGCUAACAGCCAUGAACGCAGAGAGCAGGCUUAUUCUCUGGGGUAAUAAAACACAGCAGCGGCGGUCUUUGUGAGAGUGUGUGUGUGUGUUAACUGAACCGUGCUCAUUUUGCAGCAGGCGUUAGACGCAGACACACACACCUGUACAUUACUGAGAUCUUUGCGACAUGCUAUUUGGUGAAUUGGUGGCACUUUUGUCGUCCCUGUUCUGCUGCUUUUUUGCUCAGUGAAGAUCAUGCCUGUUGUGAGUGUGACCUGGAAACCACCAGAAAUUACAGUGCUUGUUCAGCUGUGUGAAAAGUAACCUUUGCUGCAUCCUGGCACUGUUUCAGCCUGUCCACUUCCAAACCAAGUCAGCGUCAGUUGUUUUGUGGCCCACAUAUGAAGCCCUCAAAUUUGGAGCUCUGAUUUAUUGUGAACUAAACCUAGAAUUACAAAGUUGAGAUCUGAAAGUGUGGGUUUUGUACAGAUCAUGUUAAUUUAGUAGAUACUGAUGUCUCUAAAGGGCUGCUACUAUCUGCUAGUCAUCAUUUAUUAUUAACCAAAAAUAAAUUGCUCAAUUUCUUAAAAGCUUUAAUUCUGGUAUCAGCUUAUAAAUUAAACAUUACUCUUUUGAUCUCAGCUCAUGCCAUUAAAAUUUUGAUUCUUGCUAUAUUUUAUCUGGUCUUUACACAAAACUAGUGUUGAUUAGGGGUGUACCGUUACAACUUUUUGACUUCCGAUACAAUUCCGAUAUUGUAGCCUUCAGUGUUGGCCGAUACCAAUUUGGAUACGAUAUUGGCACAAACUUGUGCAUGACGAGUUUUGCAUUCAGCUGUGACGUCUUUUUCGGACUUUAACGAAAAAUAUUGUAGAUUUUAGAUGCUGGUUGAUAUAAUCCGAUAUUCGUUUUUUGUUGAUAUCGGACCAAUAUCUGGAUCGAGACAUCCCUAGUGUCGAUUUACUUCUAUGUUUAUAAAGGGAAAAGUAGUUUUUGUUUUACAUGUAACGGAACAUAAUGCAGCGUGUCUUUAAAACUUAAAGCUAAGAAGGGGAGAUAGUUACCUACCUUAACAUAAAACUAAUAAAGCUGCUUGGAAAUAUUGUAUCCUGUUGAAAUAUCAAACUCUAAAUCACAACUUUUCCUGGUAAUGCAUCAGAAUAAUGUAAACUGAGAGUCUUAACAGAUUUUGGCUUUAUUCGUUGGCUUUUACCAGAGGAUAGGAUUUGACGUUUCUGGUAGGCUGCUGAAAACUGUGAUAACUUGAUUAUUAACAAUAAAAUUACAUAAAAUUAGCCCACAAUAGCUAUGAAGUUUGUUUGAUUGCAAAAUGUAUUAAACAUAUACAGAAAAAAAUACAAAAAACAGGCUUAAUUUGGAUUUUUGGUUCAUAGCUUCUUGUUUGUAGUUGUAAAAUAAUCUAAUAAUCUUAACUGAUAACCACAAUGAAUAGUUGAUUCGAUCACUUCUCAAUGUACUGUGCAUAAUGCUUUGCUUCUAUUGCUCAUCCAUUCUUGUUCUUUAAAUAGAUUUUUUUUUACCGCACAUCUCCCUUAAGUCAUUUCAUAAGCCUGUUAUUCUUGAAUCUUGAUUAUUGCUGCGAGCAGUUUUAGGACUCGAACACUUUCUUUUUCAUUGAACUGAAAGUGAAACGAACGGUAGGUUUAAAUUGUGGAGAAUCUGCCUUAAUGUACCUCUUGCUCAGCAGUAUCAUCUGCUAGCUUGGCACACGAUCAAAUGAUCCACUGUCGCUUUAAGGAAUGAUCCAUUGAGAAUGAAUGAGGACAGAUGUUCUGAAGCGGUGAAUACUUGUGAUCGCUGUUUAUUGUGUCGCUGUACAAAUAGUGCCCCUGUUUUGACUGUCAGUGGGCUGCUUUGUGAUCUUUAAAGACAGUAGAGAACUGGAGGGUGCAAUUGUUGCCGGCGCUGGAGCUCUGCAAUUGAACUCCCACCACCUCAUCUCCUCUCACAUCGAUCGGAGUAUUAAGAGAGGGUGUAUGGCAUGUCGCUCUGUGAAUGGGAGAGGGAGCCAGAGAGAGUAUGAGGGGGAGGGAGAGAAGGCGGAAAGGGAGAGGGACUGUAGUGUAGUCAUGUAUGUCAGCCUCAGAAGCUGUGUGGGUCGCACAGCUCCCUCACGCCAUUGUUGUUGUUGUUGUGAGAGGAAAAAAAAAAAAAGGCAGAACAAAAGACUGCCCACGCUGUGGAACCCUUGUACCUUUGCCGGCUCAGUUGUGCUAUGAUCACACCCCGGUGGAAUGCUUUUGAAAUUAAGCAUAUUAAGGAGCACAGCAGGCGCUAACUGAGCUGGCACACAGUCAGUGACAGAGGCAAGAAGGAAACUGAAAGCCAACUGAGGCAUCAUUCAUUCCUUCUCACAUUUGGUCCUGUUUUUUUGGGUUCAUCCACCUCCCUUUCCGGAGAGUGGCCGCCGCUGAUAAGGUUUCAAUCCCUUCUCUGAAGGUUUGGCGCGGACAUCGCUGUGGCUUAUUUGUUGAAGGGGUUGCUGUGGAUACUGACAGUAGGGAGGCUGCACUGGAGCCAGAGGCACGAGUGAACAAGCAGCCUGCUGCAGCGAAUGCUACUAUGGAGCAGAUGAGGUUGAACCAGGCUAAGCAAACAUAAGAUACACGCCACACUCUCUGUGAAGGCUGCAUCCAGCGGGAGAGAGACGGAGCCCUAUCCGCCUACAUAGCUCCCGCUGUACUCCUCGCCUCUCGCCAGAUCCUUUCUGGAUUUUGUGCAGGAGUUGAAGCAAGUGGAGGAUGUAAAGAAAGACCAGCCCAGCCAGAUGUGUUAGCAUCGUAGGUCAUGUGAAUUCUCAUGAGGGCUGGGUGAAGUUGUGGAGGGUCGGUUGGACCCUGGAGCAUCUGUGACUGCGUGAAAACAGCGCCUGAAUGAGAGAGCGAUGCGGGCAACAGUAAGUAGCAGUAAGAUCUUUUGCAAGCUGAAUUUUCUUCCUUUGGAUUGUGUGCACAUGUGCAGUGAAUUUGUCAGUUCAGAUAUCGGAUGGAACUUCUCAUUUUAAGGUUGAAGUAGUUGUCUUGCGUGGAUGUGUGCUUCCCACAGACAACAAACACGCACAUGCAUCAGACUGUGAAGUGCCGAGACUUUGAUUCAAUUAAACCUCCCUUGCCUAUGCAUCCCCCUCCCAUUCUCCCACCCUCAGCCUUACCACCAUCAUCCACACCGCUGACGUUGCCUGUGUGGGUGUGUGUGAGAACAUGUGAGUGUGUGUGUGUGUGUGUGGCAGUCAAAGGGCUCUUUCCUCUGCCUGCUGAGCACAUGAAUGGGAGCAGUGUCAGAGAUGGAGGUGCUGAUGAUUUCUGUGCUUGAAGAGAACCAUAGCCAAAGCCCUUUGCCAGGGGAGUGUAGAUUCUAUGACAGCGACUUCAACAAGAGUGAGGUAACGAGCGCCCACACAUAUUGCCGAGCAACAAAAAACCUAGUCAUGUGUUUUAUUUCAGCGUGUAUAAGACGAAAUCGAGAGUGAUGCAUUUGUGAUCGUAUCACCGGUCAGAGAAGUUUUAUCAGAGUAUGUUGUUGUUGAUUAACUCGGAUCAGCCUGUUGAAGGUGAAAAACAUUGUCUAAGCUUUUCUGCUGUUGUUAAAAGAGAGUACAGUUGUAAUUAGUGUUAAAAUAUUCCAGUGGGGUUUUUUUUCAAUCAGACUUUUUCCUACUUCAGCUCUGAUACUCAAGUCUUUCAAAAAUGACAAAAGCAGCAUGACUCAGUGUAAGGUAGCAGCGUGUACCUGAUGUUUCCAACGGCAAUGACGAACUCUAUUGAAAGGCAUGAAAUAGUAAUAGUUUAGAGCUGUUAGGUUCAUUGUUAAGGCUUAUUACUCAUGAGACACAUUAAAAUACAAUAUGUGAAGGAACAGCUCGAUGACUAACAUUAAUUUCUUCGAAGGUUUAACAUUUACACAUUGAACAUUUUAAGAUGCAGGAGUUUGUAAAAGGUGAGAUGACGAUAUGAUCAAUUUCUUUGUAAUUUCAUAUUAAGUUGGUGUUGUUAAUGUUCCUUAAAAUUGAUCAAACCUCUCUAUUUCAGACACAUUGUACUUUUUCUUGAGGUUUAUACUUGAUGCUGAUUAUUUGGAUGAUUCUAUGAAAGCAGACACUAGUUAGCCUUCACUGUCUGUCACUCUUGCUCUUGUUGAUUUCUCACCCAUGACAGUUUUGAUGGACAUUGGUGUUGAUAACAGUUGGUGUGAUUGGAAGACAAGUCUGGUUUUGGUUAAAGCUGGGAUGUUUCUGUUGCCCUUAUUUGCCUCCAUCUGUUGAUACCUACAUGAACAUUCUUACUGGAGGGAUACAACGUGUAUUUUUUUUUCUUUUCUACUAUGUUAAAUUUGGCUCUAUAUUGUCAGGGUAACACCAGACCAUUGGGUUCUUUCACAGGCCUGUUGCUGCUUUUAUUCACAUCAAUAUAUUGAUAUGGUCAAAAGGACGUUGAUUAUUGGCGUAAAUUUCUGCAUCGGUAAAUUUUCGGUUUAUCACCCAGCCCUACACCUGACCGUUGGGUUCUUUCACAGGCCUGUUGCUGCUUGUAUUCACACUUACGCUGUGGGGGAAAACUUGCAAUAAACUGAAGAAACGUUGACAAAAAACAGCUGCUGCUUUUGUUUUGGAAAUGCAAACAUGUAGAGUUUCCUUCUAUAAAGAGUAGGGCUGGGGGAUAUGGCCUCAAAUCAAUAUCACGAUAUAUUGAGCAGUUCACCUCGAUAACGAUAAAUGGACGAUAACUACUCCUCAAGCUGCUCACCCCAGACUGAACCGUCCUCCAUCUCCUCACCUGUCUUUCCCUCUUUGUUACGGACUGGAUGGGGGUGGAGUCACGUUUCUCACGUAGGACAGUGUCUUUAAGGGACACGAGACCAUAGCCUACCUACACACAUCCAAAACCAACCUAUAUUUACUUAUUUUUUUGACACUGAAUACUGAUUUGGUCAAAAUGAUGUAGGUUAUAAUCAUAAAUUUCGGUUUUGGUCUUUGGUUUUUCAGUUUAUCGCCCAGCCCUAAUAAGAAGGUGUCAGAUGUAAUGUUCAGUCAAAUAAUAAUCUGCUUUGUCUCUCCACAGGUAAUCCUGGUGCAAGUAAACCCAGGUGAGGCCUUCACUAUUCGACGAGAGGAUGGUCAGUUUCAGUGUAUCACAGGUGAGAAAGCUGCCUUGUUAUUAUCUGCAUAUUCUCAACAGUGUGCUGCUGAGUUUGAUGCAAUGUCUCUCAGUCCAGUGAUAAUGAUCGUGUUACUUACAAAUCCCUCAUUUGGUAAUAAUGGGUAAAACAAAACUUUAACAGCUGCUCAUAAUGACUGCUGUUGUCACUUUUUAAAGCAAGAGUCAAAAAAAGACACUGUCACGUUCAUGUUGUUCGAUCACGUGUUUACAUACAGAUAAGCAGCGUGUCAAUGUGAGGAAUAGAUAUUAGAAUCCAAAAGCAACAAGCUGAUCAAAAACGAGCUCUGGCAUCACCUUCUAAAAAUGAUUUAAAUAAACAUGUGCGCAUGCUGAUUGCAUUUGACUGUGCCAGUUUUCCGCGUUUGCUGUGAAAUUCUUCACAGAGUGCUGUAUAUUCUUUUUUGGGCAAAGCUCCACUGCUCCAGCAGAGAGUGCUCCAGAGAGAAAAGACAUCAUUCUAUCACUGUGCGAGUUUCAGGGCAUUGUGACCACAAGACAAAUGCCUUCUUGACUGCACUCUUCACCGAGCUGCUGAGAGCUCACUGAAAUGUAUUUCUCACUUAAAAUUCUGAGAGCCCAGCUUAUACCCCGUCCCCUGUGAAAGGCGGUAAAACAUUUCCGAUAAUGCUGUAAAUUCGGAAAAUGUAUUGACCAUUGUAAAACAAAUCUGCCUCUGAGUGCAAAUAAAGUAACCCAGCCUGAGACGUGGGGAUUUUCAGUACAGCUCGGGUUUAUCUCAGAAUGAAUUAUAACAUUAUUAUUAUUAUUGUCAAGCAAGUAAAAGUAAUGUGCAACAUACAGAAAACAAUCAUCAGGAACAUUUCUUUUCUUUGUGUUCAUGAAUAUUCACUUUGAAAACAAUCUUGUUGAGUGUUAUUGAUUCUGACAUAAAUUUGUAAUCUGACAAAAUCAUAGUAGAGAUGAUGAUAGUAGUUUGUUGUUGCGGGGAGUAAAUGUUGUCAAUAUAAUGUAUUGACAACAUGAUUUCGUAGGUAUGGUAGGUAUUAAAGUCCUUCCCUCUCGUAGACUCCAUCUGGAACAGCUUUGCAACAGAUUAAACAGUCUCACAACAGCAAAUCAGACGCAGUCUUUCCAGUUCCUUGUGUUUUCCAGACAGCUAACAGCUAUCAUUGCAUUAGUCUGAAAAGGAAGAAAGAAGUCACAUCUUGUCUGUGUCAUUUGAAUUAAACUUAAAAGCCUCUGUAAAAACACUCGCCUAGGGCUGGGCGAUAAAACAAUGACGUUAUAUAUCAAAAAUUCAUUUCCCUUAGUAACAAUAUAAAACACUGUCAAGAUGCUUUUCAAUAGUCGGCAUUCUGCCAUGUUUUGGUAGACUAUACGAAUAGCCAAUGAAAAAGGGAGUUGCUCCAGGUCCACUUCACACUGAACCGAUCAUGUGCUGAAUUAGAGCCAAGUAGCAAUCAACUGCGUAAUAGCAGGCCGCAGCUACAUGCAACUGUAACCUUUUAACACGUGAAGCCGACAACACUGUUGGUGAGAAAAUAAGAAAAUGAGUGCUACACCCGGCAGAAAUGCAGAUGAAGACUCAAAACGAAAACGUCGGUAAAAACGUCAAAGAUGCAGUAGCUUAUUGUGUUGCAAAAGAUGUGCUACAAAUAAGCACUGUUAAAUUUUAUUUUAUAUAUAGUGAUAUAUAUCGACAUUGACUAAUAUGAAAAAAAUACAUCGUGAUAAACUUUUUGCCAUAUCGCCCAGCCCUACACUCCCCUGACAAUAACUCACAGCUUACCCAAUUUUAGCAUUUGUUAGCAAAUUGGCUCACAAAUGUCAGUCCUACUCGCCAGUUUCUGUUUCGCACUUUGCUGGCUCUAGUAUGCUAGCUAGGGGUGUCCCAAUACGAUAUUGAUAUUGGAUAUCGGGCUGUUAUCAGCAAAAUAACGAAUAUCAGAUUAUAUCGACCUUCAUCUAAAAUCUCCGUUGUCGGCACUCCGAUACAAGCAGUCCAUUCCAGACUCCGCUCCGGCACCUCUAUCGAGCAGCACCCUGAUCCAGCAAGCUGAGCCCACAAAAUCACAACAACAACAGUGUGUACUAAAGUACAAACAAAGUAGCAAGGAGUACAAUUUUGUGCCAAUAUUGGAUCAAUAUCUGUAUCAUAUCGGAAGUCAAAAAGUUGUAUCGGGACACCCCUAAUGCUAGCCUCAUUGUUCAAUAAGAAGAGUACAUUAGCUUUAACUAUAAAUAGCUGUAUUCCCUCGCACUAAGAUUAAACUGCAACACCCACCGUCGGGCACAAACACACACAAGAUUCAUCGAUCGGACAUGAGUAGCAUUUCUUUUACUUUGACCUGCAUUGCUCGUGUCAAAUAGAGUUUAUUUGUGGAAAAAAAAAAUCCAUGAAGGUUAUGCGCUAACAUUGGGUACAGACAGAGUUGUAUUUCAGACGCUUACCUCACCCUCUGCAAUACCUGCUUAGAUGCACAUGUAUUUUGAGAAGGGAGGAAAAGCUGAAAUGAUCCUCUGAUGGGGCUUCCUUGGCUGUCUGACAGCAGGUACGCAUUUUUGUUCUGUUUCGGGAAGGAUGUGGCGCUUCCCUGGGAUGCAUGGAUCGUGAGUUUACUGUGUCCAUGUAAACUGAACCCUCCAGAGAUGCAGGAGGUGUACCUACAGCAACAAGAAGUUCGUUCCAAACUGAAUUUCUAAAAGAGGACACAUAGGCUGUUGAAAACUGUGUUUGGCUGAUAAAUUACAAGUAAAUGAACAGAUUUUUUUCACUGAUAUUUGCAGCUUGAAUCUGGUCAUGCAGGUUCUUUAAGUUUAUACAUUCGGAUUAAAUGUUGGCGAUUAAGUCUUAAGCUUUUCUAAGUGUAAGAUAUAUACACAGAUGUGUGUCUGACCUUAUGAAAGCCAGAUUUGAUUAAGCUUCAUAUUUCCAUUAUUUCCCCCACCAAGCCUCAUUGAGCUCCUUUGCGUGUGUGCAGUGACAAAAGGGAGGGGCUUGGCCAGGGAGCAUUGACGUAUUUUUACAGAAUAAUAAGAUGACAGUCAUGUCUCACAGCUCCCAGACUGCUCAAUGACAUAACUGCAUCAGAUUUUUUUACAGCCAGUAUAGACAAAUACACAUCCGGAAAAGAGGCUUAUAUAAGUGCAAUAUGCCUUUUGUCAUUAUUGAAUCCACUUUAUUAUUAUUGAUGUUUUAUUAGAAAGAUACAACCCAGUGUAUGCUGUGUCACCCCUGCAGUUUUUCCAGGACUUUCAUACUCUUGCGUUAAAAUCAAAGUAUCUCUUUUCCCCUCAUUGGCUCUGCUAUCUGAGUGUCAUUUGGCAUAGUGCUCUUGCUGCUUAAUUUGACAGAUGAUAAUACGAACCGUGCACUGAUGGACUAUCAGAGGAGAAUAAGCAUAUGGUAUAAUUACAGUGUGGUGGUACUGGAGUUGGAGCAGAAAGGCAGUGUUUGAGUAAGAUUUGUUACACAUUGGUAUUUGUCCUGAUGACAGUCAUUUCCCUUUCUUCAAUAGCUAGUGAUUGUGCUGGCUUUGUGACAGCAACAAUGAAGUCUGGGUCCAAUGCGCCUCUGAAAUUGUGAACAGGAGACAGCUGGAGUAUUUGUAGGAGGCAGAGCUGCAGGGCCGUAGUUGUAAACAACUGUGAUAAAAUGUUGUUACCUGGUAAAACAUAGAUCUCAAACAUGAUUUACUUUGUUUAGGGCUCCGUUCACAGACAUCCCUCUGUGCGCUGACAUUUCAUGCGCUCACAGACCGCUCUUUUUUUUUUUUCUUUUGUGUGAUUUGAUAAAGAAAAGUAAACUAAACCAAGGGUGACAGCAUGAUAGAGCUUGUGACUUGCUGUGUGGGCGAACACAGCAUGAUGUGUUUGUGACAUUUCAAGUAUAAAUGUAAUGACCCUCAUACAGACCUGCACUGACGCUCUCAGGAGUGGGUCACCUGUAUGUCUGUAUAUUUUGACUUUGCCCUGUCUGGUGACGAAUAUGAAUAUCAAUGGGUGCAACAGGCCUGUGAAAUCGGACUCCUGCAUCCAGGUUUGAAUGACACAAAAGCAAAAACAGGGAUGUAAAGCGAUGCUACCCGGGCAGGAAGCCAUCAUACAGUUCACUCACGCAGGGGCUCUUCUCCCUACUCCUGUCUGACUGUGCUCCCACCCCGGCCUCCCAUUAUGAGCUGAGUAAACCUUCCUAAUGGGGAGUGAGCAUACAAUGUCUCUCCAUCAGAGGAGAAACAAAGAGCUGAGAGGUGCCACAUAGAUCAGUGUGACUGCUACUAACUGGCCUGUCACAGGCUGCACUCAUCUCUCAGUGACGUGGAUAGAGGGAUGACUCACUGCCUGCGGUGCAAGGAGGGAGGAAGAAGCGUGUGUAUGUGGACAUGCAUGCAUGCUGGUUGGUUUGAUUUGUUGUGUGUUCUUAAUUACACACACGCUCCUUUUUUUACUUUUGUCUCUCUCGUACAUAUGCGUGCUGUCAACUUUAACCCCGGCUGACAGGGACAGUGGUGCAGCACAACAGAGCCGGGACAAUCUGCUCCACUUGUUUCUCUCGGGGUUUGAUCUGUCCCGCAGCAGUUUGUGCAUUCAGUUUGUAUUUUUAGCAUCUGGAUGUGCGUAAUUGCUACACUUUAGCGCAUGACAGCCUGCCUAAUAUGAACCGACAGUCUUGUAAAAUGCAGUUUAUAAAAGGCAUUUGCCUUUGUAAUAUUUGCCUCAGAGAAGGGGCCUUGAGCAAAGGAAGCUGAUUAGAGUGGCCUUUAAGCAUCCUUCUGCUCUUGCUAUGCUCCUUGCCAUAAGGGGAGUUAUGUAUGUGAGAGAGACAAGCCCCCCCCAGCUUUACACUCAGACCUGCAGACGCCCCUGGCUCGGUCUUUAUCAGCCUCCACCGCUGCAGAUUUGAUGGCUGUUUGACUGUCACCAGGUAAAAAGACCACCCGACAUGCUGAGUGACUGAUGAGGCAAGUCUGCAUCAGGACCAUUGGGUUGAUUAGAUUCACUUCUUCAUAUGAAUUAGGCUGCCGCUGAUUCACAUCACUUUGGAUGAUUCAGCCUCUGGUUGAUAGCUUGAAGCACCGUCUAGUUCCACUGGGCUUAUUGAGCCUGAUAGAGAUGUGCUUCUUCCUUCUUAAGCCAAAACAGUCAUUCUGGCAUCCCGACAGGGAGCUAAAGAUUGUAUGCAUCUGUGUGUGUGUCCGUGUGUGUGUGUGUGUGUGGUUAUCUACUGUACACCUUUUUUGCCAUUGCUUUUCCAUUGUCAUCUUUGUUAGAUGCAGGUAUGGUAUUCAACCCAUUUUUUCUCUUUACUGGAAAAUGUGUUUUUUCAUUUAUCAUGGGGCUGCAGAUAUAUUCACUCUUAUUUCUCACCAAUGUGUAUUAAGUUUACAGGAAUAUUACCCUUGAGUUUUCUUCUUCAAAAUAGACAGUCUGUGACGUGAUUGGUUUGACUUUAGAGGAUUUACUGAAAACGGUCCAAGCUGUUGAAUAACUUGGACUUUUACAACCCAGUUAUGCUGGAAAAUAGCAGGUAGUGAUGUGUGUUAACCAACAGUGAGGACAAGCCUGGUUAUAACUGAGCCAUGGGUUUACAAUCAGAGAUUCAGUUUGGACACAGGGUGAUAAUUACUACUAGUGGUGAGGGUACAGAGAUAAAAAAAGGGUCAAGAAUCAGCCAGGAAGGAUGAAGGGAGGGAAAGGGUCCAUGCCAGCCUCUAAAACCAGUCUUUAAUGGGAGGGGUCUCGCCAAUCGCCUCUUCUGUCAUCUGUUCAAUUCGCACAACAGCAGAUGAAAUUGAUACACAAUCGUUAUUGCCUCCUCACUCAGAUGUCUCAGAAGAGACAUCUCAUCCUUAUUGGACUUUGAUUCCUUAGACCUCUGGACAGCUUUCCUGGUCCUUUUCCUAAAGUUUCCAACAUCUCUGGAUCAUGGUCAUACAUUGACAAUGGCUUUUGGAGUUGGUUUUGAGCCAAUGCAGUGAUUUCCACUCCAAAGUCACAUCAGAUUUUUAAGGCAGUACUGCCCAGGGGCCCACAUAUCACAACCAUGCAGUGCUGGUUUUUGGCCAAGACCCUUUUGUGCUGAGAUUUCUCUAAAUCAUUGAUGGAAAUCAUGGUCUGCAGAUACGAAGGUGACAUUUUCAAAUUCUCAGUAGUAAGAAACAUCACUCUGAAACUGAUGAACAGUUUGCCUAUUCACUCCCCCCAGGAUCGAAUGCCCUUUUUUAAACCCACUCAUAUCACUAACCUUCAUGAGCAUUUAGUUUUCAUUAACAGAUCUUUUUUUUUUCAUCAUAUUAAAAAUAAAGGAUUCCUCCUACCCAAGACGUUUUAGAAAGACACAUUAAUCCUCUUGAAAUCGAAGCUGAAACCUUUUAUUUUGUUCCCUUUGUAUCCUAAAGUUAAUGUUCAAAUAUAAGUUGGUAGAUCUAUGUCAAAAUAAAGUGGGGAAAAAAUCGUGUCCGCCCAUUAUCUUUGUAUCUCUCCUUCCGUCUUGCUGUAAUUUCUCACCCUUUCCAUGUCCUCAGUGUCUUCCAAUGAUUUCAUGUUGUGGCUGGUGAGUGGGCAGCAAGGACGCAGAGCCAUCAUGUAACAAUGGCCUUGCACUGGCGGCGCUGGUAUUGUGCAUCCAUUAGGCCAUUAUUAAUAGUGAACUAGAAAAGCACUUGGAGAGCGCAGACCUCCGUCAAGCAGCUCAUGUCCCCCCUUAUAUUGUGAUUCACACCAAAACUUUGACUGUUACGUGUCUUUUAUUAACGUUUAUUUGUGUUUAAACUGGUAUGUUCACUGUUCAUAAUGUUCCUAAAACAAGAAAUGCCCUAACCCGGAUUUAAACCCAGGACCUUCUUGCUGUGAGGCGACAGUGCUAACCACUACACCACUGUGCCGCCCAUUGGUUAUCUUUCAGCAUUGAAAAUUCCAACGACACCCUUAUUUUUGUGUGUUCUGGAUCACAGUAUCUGGAAUUUUGUCUGGAUCAGGAUCAACCUUUGACACCUCAUAAAACUCACUGAGAUCCUUUUGUGUAAUUUUUUACUAAAGACUCUAGACAUUUUUAUAGAGUUAAAUGCAAAAAUUCCAAAAUUUGCCCUAUCUCACAAUGAUAAAGAAUCCUUCAAAAAAUUCCUGGAUCCAGAAGGCGAUCCGGAUCACCACCAAAAUGUAAUGGGAUCGUCCUGGGGCUGAGACGCACCUCUGGUGAAAAUUUCCGGUCAAUCAGUCUGUAACUUUCUCCGUAAAGUUGCUAACAGACAAACAGACAAACAAACCAACAAACAAACAAAACGCUACCGAAAACAUAACCUCCUUGGCGGAGGUAAAAAUGGCCUUGCACUGGCGGGGCUGGUUUUGUGCUUCCAUUAGGCCAUUAUUAAUAGUGAACAAAAAGGCAUACAGCAUGUGUUUGGACAUGUAUCACCAUGAUGAUUAAGAUUUAAAGCUGUGUGUUGGUUGCAUGUUCCCUCACCAGAAAAAAUAAACACUUCACAUAUGACUCAUGAUAGGAUCAUAAACAUUAGACCCAUUAGCACAUGAUUUUUCUACUCCCCACCUCCCCAUCUCACUCUAAGUACAUGUGCUAAAACAUUGGCAUGAGGACACACACUUUUCAUUCACAUCUUCUACGGUGUGCGUCUCCAAGAAUGACUGAGCUUGUGAUUCAUUCUCCCAUUGCUGUUUUCAUACCAAGAGGAAGGAAGAGAGGAUGAGAGAAGGAUGAGGAGAGCGAGGGGUGUUAAAAAAAACUUGUUUUUGUUCUAAGUUUAGUCAAGGAUGGGAUGUCCAGGGCAUGUCCAUUCAGCUGUUUUUUGAGCUUGUUAAAUAAUCAACUUCCCCGGUUUUGUAAGGUCAGCUUCUUGUUACAGGGGGGAGACUGGUUUUAGGGUGAAACCGUCGUUUCCUGAACAGAGGCAAACAAUUCAUCAUUUAAAAAAAAAAAAAAAAGAGUCUUUCCGUUUGGCCGGGAGCUGCGGCAGCAGUGUGAUGUUCUGAAAAAAGCACAAGCAUGAAGGUUACUGAUUCCCCCUCCCCAAACAGGACACGUCAUCCGUGCCUGUAGGGCUGCGAGAAAACAUGUGUUUGCCUUAAAAUAUCAGGAACUCAGACGGAGUUGACUAACACAUAAAAUAAUGGCUAUUCUUAUUAAGACGCUCAGUUGUUUACUGUCUCGCUUCCUCCCUCCGGCUCCUGUUUGCACACAGAUCACCUCUGAAUACCCCGUACUUCUGCUCCUCUUUGUGCCUGGAUUGACGGCAGUUGGAUGCUAACAGGCAUGUUGUGAAGACGUAGCCAGGCGGAGAAAGAGAGUACACAUCCUUCCUAAUCUGUUAAUAGAACGUUACGCUGGCUGAAAAUUACUACCCACUUAAUUGACGGAAGAUCUUUCCAGCCUGCGAGGGAAAUGUGCCAUGCCACGUUUUAAGAGAACCAAUCGCCCCAGUAUCAUCACUCCAAUUACAAGGUUAGGGUUUUAACACGCAAUUAGUCGUUUUUUUGUUAUUUGCGGUUCAUUCCUAGCCUCCUCCCUGAGCUCAGCUGUGAUUAUUAACCUGUCAGUGAGGCUGCUCACCCUCCCUUACCCAUCUUCUCUCCUCUUUAUUUGUGGAUGGAGACAAUUUAUUAGGUUCAAUUAAUAAUCAAGCCUGCUUCAUUUUUAUAGGCUCACAGUUCAUCAUGUUGCCAUCGAGGACUUAUUGAAAGCUCCCGUAUGAAAACCCUCUGUCUCAGUCUUACUACCUGACUCACUCUUGUUCUCUUGUCUGUGUGCGUUUUGUCGACACUCCUCCUAACCGAGGUAACUUUUGUCCAACUUGUCUUCUCUUCCGCCUGCUAUUCUCUGUGUUUAAUUGAGGGUUCAUUCGUACAUCCGAUUAGACCUGACAGUUCGCUCAGAUUGUUGCUCUCAGAGUCAUGUCUGGCAGCGUGCUUUGGUUGAACCGGUGGGAAGUCUCACUUGUUUGUUAGGAUCUUAGUUCAUUUGCAGACGAGUGAGAACAGGUGGAUGCUCACAUUGGCCUUAUGCUUGUGACACUGUAUGCAUGUGGACAUGUCUGGCUUUUGACAAAGUCUUUCUGUUAUGACUUAACCUGAACAAUUAUCCCUAUUUCCACAGUAUCCUCCAGCCCCCUCUAGACAAAGACACAAAGCUCCGGUUGAUACUGUGGGCCCGCCCCCGUAGGCGGGGAGGUGAGGACGGGUUAUGAGAUGUUGACAGGAGGAGAUGGUGUUUUUUAAGUGUUGCCUUGUCUCUGUUUACACUGCCAAAACAGGCAGCUUGUUUGUGGCUAUUCCUGGCUCAGUAGAAGCCUAUCGUUUUGUGGAGGAGGACUGAUGUUUUUCCCGUGGCUGCUUCCUCUGGAAGGCUGGCACUCCACGGCCACGUCAGCACAACCAAUGCUCCAGUUGACUCAAGGGGAGGGAAGGAGGAGGGGGAGGGGAAGUGGCCUUUUCUAUCUGAUCUCUGUCAGCACUCGUGCGUCAGUCUGAUGUAAAAGAGUGGGUGUUUUUUUUCCCCCCAUUCUCCACCCUACCUCCCUUCUCUUUUUUUCUGUCUCUCUUAAAUGUGUGUGUGUGGCUUCCUCAUCCAUCCUUUCUCCUUUUACCCUCUGCUUUCUGCUUGUCCUCUCCUCUUUGCACUCUCUGUUGGUACAUACAAAGCUUUCCAAACAAGCAAACAAAGGCAUGAUGAGUGCUAAUAUGAUUCAUCAGAUUUCCUGUUAGUCAGCAUUGGCGAUAACUGGAGUUGUUCAGAUCAGUCAUUUAGCAGGUGCACAGCGGCACCUGCUGUAAGCACUCUCUGAUUUAUUAGUCUUAAAGUGAGUGGAGAUAACAGAGCAUACUUUGAAAUCCCACGCAAAUGAUAUUAUCUGAAAUCAAUAAGAGCAGAGGCAGUGCGACUGCCGUCAUUCAGGCUGAGCUCUGCCCUGCUCCCUGAACUGAGGGAAAUGAGACCUUGUAUCAGUCUGCUGGCCCUGUGCAUUGAGAGGGGCUUCAAAGCUGGUUGCCCUUUUGAUUUCUGAAUCAGAGGCCUACCUGCUAUCUGUCAAGUCCAAUUAUGUUGAUCAGCCGCUAGACCUCUACAGUGCAUACAGAAAAGUAUUUCAGCAUAGAGGAACUGCAACCAGCAAAUAUUUACUUGAUUUUAGUUGGUGUUUAAAACAACAACAACGUUGUAAUUAUAGGAUUAAUGUAAGCUGAUUUAAUACACACACAUUAAAGGCAUUAUUGUCAGAAAUUUCCUCCAUUUUGGAAGUUUCACAAACCCUCAUUCUUCCUCCCUUUUGUCCCUUUUUUCCUUCUAUGCCUCGUUUGCCUUUUAAGGGUAAAUGUCUGGGGACAUAAUGUGCAGCAGCAGCCAGCACUGAAUAAUGCAACAAUGCAAACUAUUAUCUGUUUCCUGAUUUACACUGUAGAUAGCAGCAAUUCAGAUAAAAUAAAAUAAAAUGUACCGGGGCGCAGGGAUUAGCUGAGCAGGUCAGCGCGCCCCAUGCAUGGAUCGAGUCCGUGUGCUGCAUGUCCUCUCUCUCUCUAUCUCCUUACAUUUCACACUGUCCGACCAAUAAAGGCAAAAAGUGCCCAAAGAAUACUUUAAAAAAUAAAAUAAAAUGUACUAACACUUUGGGUAGAACUGAAGAUUCCUCUUUAUUUUUAAGUUUAGGACACGACUCAACGACAUGUUUAACUUCAUUUUUGUUGUUUUGAACAUUGAAGGAGGAGUAUUGAAAUAAUCAGUUGAUAAUAAUUGAACUGCUGCAUAUGAAUACAUGAAAUGACCCUCGCAUAAGCUCACCAUGUUUAUUUAGAAUAGUUGGUAAAUAAUGGCCGUCUGACUCAUUCAUGGAAUUGGCUGUAUGGUUGGUAUUCCUGUGUUCAGUCCAGUUACACAGCGCAGUACUUAAAGUGUCAAAUGUUAUCUGGGUCACUAAAACUGCGUUGAGCGCCUGUCACUUGGAGUUAUUCAUGUACAAGUUCACGCUGACUUCCUCUUAUUCGAUCAACCCCCGGAAAGUUUUCACUGAUCCUGUGAUGGAAAGAGGCAGAGACACAUUUCCAAAUCUUAAUCGAAUGUGUGGAUGAGUUUUCUCUGACGAAUCGACUCUGUUUAACUCUGUUACCGUGUUUGAAAUAAAUCAGAGUGUCAGUCUGAUAAGGUAAAAGAAGAAGUCAAUGAUUCAGAGACUUGGGGUUUCCUAUGUGUUAUUUAUUAUAUCCUGAUUAUAACCCCACUGUUUCUUUUCUGAGUGAGUUGGAAUCUGGACUUGAGCACCUGAGGGGGUGGCGCUUUGGGUUACAAGUGGGAGGUUUCAAUGAAUCAUCCCACAGGCCAGAGGCCAGCCUCUGUAGUCAAGGGCCUGUCAUAGCUCCUCAUUUAGAAGUGCCUUCUCUCUUGUUACUCCAGCGUUGACAACAUGAAGGAAAGCUCUUACUCCAGCGGGCUGUCUGGAGGUCAGUGUGUGUUGUGGAUCUUUUCACUCCCCUGCAUGACAUCUGGGCGUUCGGGGGCCCGAGUGUUUACGUCUUACGGUUGUAAGGAGAGAAAUGUGCAACUCUGCAAACUUGGCACAGAGGUUCCUCUCGCUUUCUCUCUCCCAGGCUUUCUGCUGAGCUGUCACUUCUCUGGGCUGAGCUAAGCCGCUGCACUGGCCCUUACAAUGGAGCCACGAAGGAAACCUUAUUGUUGUUUCUCAGCCCUUUUCUUCCUGUGUUCACCAGAAUUUUAUGAAUACAUUUCUGUGCCUUGUCUUGGCUAUGAUAAGAGGAGGAGGUCUCCUGGUUGUCAAGGGUUACAGAAGUUAAGUAUGUUAAUUAUCUGUAUGAAUGUUAUUGAGCAGGACUGAAAAUUAACAUUUUUACCUGGUAACACAUCACUAGGGCUCUUCUCUGUAAACAUAACUUUAUUUCUCAAGUUUUUCUCAUAAAUUCACAGUAUGAAAUUUUCAGUACCAUUCCCAGGUUUAGGAUACAUUUAUUGAUUUGUGAAGCUGCAGCCUGUUAUCAUAAACUCUUCCCUCUGUGUCCUUCUCUGAAUCAAUGAAUAUUUGUAGCAAUAACGAGUUUUAUUUCAUCGGUAGGGGUGCAUUAAUGAAACACUCUCUGCUGAAAACUUUCUGCUUUUCUUCUUCCUCUGCAGUUUUGGCAGCGACUGAUUCUGAUGCAGACCAGCCACCACAUUGGUGUAACGCUGUAAUUGCAGUUAGAAAUGACAAAGUCAGCAAAAGUGCUGUCCUCGAAAAAGCAAGUUCCUAAUGAAAACCCUGCCGGAGUCUGAUGAGGCUCGAGGCAUUUGAAUACGAGACUGAGGCGGCUGCUUUGUCGUGAAAUAUACUUGAAAACCCUUGCAUUAUUUAUCAACAAGCUACCACCUGUAAUAUUGACAGGGGAGGAGUCAGAAAGCCUAGUGAAGAAAACAAAUGAAAGUCAAAUUAUCAACUGAAAUGAUUAAUCGAUGACCGAUCAAAUGGUUGUUGAGAAUGACGUCAAUCACGCAAAUAUUCGAACGAUCUAACGUUCAAAGAUCAACCUCUGCUGAUCAGAAGGGAUACCCUCAUUGACCAGUCAGUGUAUGUGUGUGUUGAAGCAAUGAAGUGACUAUCACCGCGCGGGAUGAUUUUGACAUUUUACGAGGGGAGUGAUACAACUUCAGCGGGCUUCCAUAGAAGUCAAAUAAAAAAAACAUAGAACACAAGAAAUAGACCAUUUCGAGCGGGAAAAUUAUGAGGUUUGCUGCAGACACUGCAAUGCUGUGUACAAGUAAAACACGACAACACCCCAAAUGAUAUACCACAUAAACCACAUACAACUUACUGAGGUUAAUGAAUCCUGCAAGUGCUCUCAGUCUCAACCUACCUUCAACUUCCCCGAUUUCGGGGGUCAGUACCCGUUUUGAAUGACCUGUCCUUGGCUAAAGUUGUCCCUGGAAAUGUCCCCAAUUUUAGCGUUUCAUGAAUGAGAAAAAACAAUGGUUAUAAUGGUUGCCAGGCAGGUAGGAAGCACCAGUAAACAUGUAGCGCCUAGUCUGGGGGGCGUUUUUUUUUUCCCAGGAUGGUAGGUCCCGCCUCCUUUGCCUCUGAUUGGCUAGAAAAGCUGGGCUCUGAUUGGUUAUUCCUUAUGGCUGUGAAACGUCAUCACACACUCAAGCCAAUCACUGGCUGUCGGCUCUGUACAUCGAACAGAACAUUAUCGCAACUCUGAAUCUCCUAACCUUAACCCUAACCCGAGAGACAAUGACAAUUCACAGCCAUUAAGAACAACCAAUUGGAGCCCAGCACUUCUAGCCAAUCAGAGGUGAAGGAGGCGGAACCUUCCCCUACCAUCCUACGAAGAACAAUAUCACGUCCUGGGGGUGGGGUUGGGGUGUAUGUCAAUUAGGAAAAACACGGUUAUUGCGUAUUUUCUGCCAAAAAAAAAACGAUCAAACCAAUGAUUGAUUGUUAAUUUGUAUGAUUAAUCAAUCAAAGGACUGUCUUCAAAUGCUCAUUUCUAAUUAAAAGUCGUUUUUAUUGUAUCAGAGUUGAAUGCUGUCUGAAUUUGCUGAAGUUCCAGAGGUAUCCAUUUGAUAGAUCUUCAGUUAGUUACAGUAAUCUGUUGGGAACAUUAGUGUUUCCGAUGUAUUUGUCACCUGUCCUAGAAACCGUUAUUAAUAGACAGUUAUGAGUCAUCAUGGAGCUUCUAUCUUUGUUCCAAUGAAUUUAUUAUUCACACCCAAAAUUCAGAUGUCUGGUCAGACAGGGCCCAAAGUCUCAGCUCUGUACCCGCCUCGGCUAAAACCCCUAAAACACAAAGCACAGAUGAAACAGAUGUUCUGCUUGAGGGAGAUUGUUUGAUCUUACUCCUGCUUUCCCAACAGGUCCUGCUCAGGUUCCCAUGAUGUCUCCAAAUGGUUCAGUGCCUCCAAUCUUUGUGCCUCCUGGAUACGUAUCACAGGCAUGAGUUCAAAGCUGUUUCCAGUCAAAUGCUUCUGAUGAUUUGCAUCUUGUUGAAUUUAAAGCGGCACAUGAUAUCUGACAUCUGUGUUCUCCACUCUCGUUUGUUCCCCCUCUAGAUCAUAGAGGAGAAUGGAGUGCGGCGGGUUCUGGUUUUACCUCAGCAACCAGAGUUCCACCCAGGGGGCCACUCCCCUCUCCACCACCCUCCACCUCCACCCCAUGCCCACCUGCCUGCCUUCAUCCCACACCCUGCCAUGAUGCCCCCACCACCCCAUCUGUACACUGGCAUGGCAGGGGGCGUGGGCGACAUGAGCUCUCAGUACAUCUCCCAGUACCAUCCAGCUCAUAUCCACUCAGAGCAGGGUGAGCUGACUUUAACGGCCUCUUUUGAAUCAAGAUGUUAUUUAUAUGAACUCGACACUUUCUCGGCACUCUUGAGUUCAAUAAUCAAAGUUCAAGUGUCAGUUUCUUAAUAUAAAGGAGUUUAUUCACACCUGCUCUAUUCAUCAAUUAUCCACCUGCUUUUCUAGCUGACAUACACAUCCUUUUGGAAUCACGUCUUCAUCUGUAGUAACUCGAAAUGUCUUUUUCUUCCCCAAAGUCUCUGCAGAUUCUCACUCCCAACACGGACGGCCCCCGUUUGUUCACAGAGACGACAGAACUAGCAAAACAUACGAGCGUCUGCAGAAGAAACUGAAAGAGCGUCAGGGAGGCGGCGGAGGAGGGGGAGGAGGAGGAGGAGGAGGAGGAGGAGGGCAGAUGAAGGACAGCCCUCCCCCUUCACCACAGAAGACUUGCAGCAGCCCUCCGACUGUCGACAUUCACAAUGGUGUCGGAGGGAAAGGGCUGGAGGCAGAGCAGGGGCAGCUCAGCCAUGCAGUGGUUGGCUCUGACAAGCAGACAGACAGGGGGAAAAAUGGAGAGUCAGGAGGUAAGGAAGUUACAGGGUGGAGGUCUGUUGAGCUUUACAAUCUGGCUGACACGCAGCAAUUUCCGGAUGUUUGGACUGUGUCGUGUUUAGGAACAGUGGACAGCGCCUCAUUAGGGGCAGCAGCUGGUGGCAGCACAAGAUCAGAAAUAUAGCUAACAUUAAUCUUGAUUACAUACACCCCGACUGAUCAUCAAUCAUAGAGUUGAACACUGCCACUUGGCUUCUCCAGUGCAUAAUUAAAGGAUUACUGCCACCUCACGAAAUGUAAGGGAAAAUAAUGUCCUCCAAAAAAAAGGAGGGGCUCAUGAUUAUCGCUGAAAUCUAGGAACACCGAAGUACGAGCGAUUUAUCUUUUGACAGUAUUUUAAUUUUUAACUUUUGAGAGUUUUCAAAAAAGGUGAAAAUGUUUGACUAUGAUUGGAAGGUCACACAAGCUCACAUCAGGUUUGAAACAGCAGGCUUGUGCUUCAACUUUGGAAAUGGUUUGACAGUGGCAGCAGCCCUCAAGGGAUCCAACAAUAUGGUUGUCCAACAGUUCAAUAUGUACUUCGAUUUUAAAGUCACAGUUUUGGUUCAGCUGGAUUCUGAAAGCCCCAGACAUUUGAGUGUUUGUGUUUGUUAUUCUUAGGUGUUCUGGGCUUAUUUACAAAAAAAAAAUCCAGACAAAGCAGCUGUUCUUUUGAUUUCAUAACUCUUUAUUCCUUUUAAUUCAAUACACAAAGAUUGCGAAUUCACCUUUUGCUGCUUAUGAGAUUUAACUAUUUAAAGUGAGGGUUAUUUUUUUUUUCAACACACCUGUAGUUGUUUCAUAGAGGUCAAGAAUAACCUUGGUGCACAAAAAUGUUCAAGAGAGUACUUUGUCAUAAUGUGGAUCGAGUCUUUUCAUAAAGUGACAAAAGCCCACAAUCUCUGACCACUUUGAAUGGCUGCAAACCCUUGACAAUGAACACCCCCACUGCCUCCAUUAUGAUGGUUUUUGUGGAUAACAGACAGCAUUAGCAGGGGACUGUUGCUUUUUGGAUGAUGGUGCUACCAGCUGGUCUGUCCUGGUUAUGGACAGAGAUAAUACCAGGUGACGGCACUGCAGUGAAAUACUGUUUGCAGACAGUUAUGUUAUUAUUUGUAGGUUUAAUGUAGGGCUAGGCGAUAAACUGAAAAUUUACCCAAACUGAAAUUGUCCACAAUAACCGAUGUCAUUUUGCCCAUAUCGGUAUAUUCGAGUUGUUUUUGGGUGUGUGUAGGUAGGCAAUGGUGUCAUGUCCCUUUAAGACGCUGUCUCCCCCUCAUCCAGUCCAUAACAAAGAGGGAAAGACAAGUGAGGAGAUGGAGGACGGUUCAAAAGUUGGAGCAAAUUUAAUAUGGGAGGGGGUUAGCAGCUUGUGGAGUAGUUAUCGUACAUUUAUCGUUACGGAGGUGAACUGCUCGUGAUAUUGAUUUGAGGUCAUAUCGCCCAGCCCUAGAUAGGUGUCUCUUUUUUGUGCUUUUUUUUUUAAAUAUAUCUGUCUGCUUUUCUCUCCUCAGAGUUAACCGAAGAUGCCCAGGCUCUACAAGCACUUCUGAGCACCAUCAGCAAACCGGUGGUUAGUACUCUCUUGAGUUAUUUGUAUGUAUUCUUGAGUUUUUAAAUACGUUUUGUAUGUUUUAAUAAGCAAACAUGGAAACCAGUAAUGAUGCAAAUGUGUAGCAUCAUUAAACAUCUUAUCUCGCUAAUGGAGUCAGAGCUGCUGACUAUCGUUCAUCCGGGGGAUCUCUAUUCCCAAAUGUGCCACCAAACAACCACAAAAGCAGUUAGUAAAAGGUUUGAGCUUUACUUUUGAAUAAAUACCGACUCUAACUAAACAAUUACCAAGCCCUUUUAAUGGUGCGCUGCUCUCUGACUCUCUGACAACUCAGUCCUCUUUUCAGUCAUUUGAUGGGGCCGGGCUCACAGCAGUAAUUAGGAUAAAUAAAAAGUACAAAAAGUGUUUCAUCAGCCGCUGGAUGAGAAUCAUUAAAACUCGGAAUAGAAAUUCUCUCAGCCUAAUUUCAUCUUGUGUUUGUCAUACAGAGGUCUGAACAGAUCCAUAGAGGAAGUAAAAGGAGGUUUUCUAACACAGAAAAGGUUAAGCAUCAAUAAGAAGGAGUUUUAUCCGUCUGUUUCCACCCUGGUUUGUUAGAGGACUGAGACUGUAACUGUGCGAAGUUAAGAAGUAAGGUGGGCCCCUGAGGGUACAGAAGAGUACCGACCUGAACUGACUGAGUUCCUCCACAUACGAACUCCCCUCCACCCCCCACCCCCACGUAGUGAAGCUCAGGCUAUUUUUAAACCAUCUCGAAACAGAAUGAAAUAUCUCAGGGUUGCACAGCACAUGCCUGGCAAAGUGCUAAAAACCUUUCCCCAAAGUGGCACCAGCAUCAAUAUUUUGAUUUAUUUCUCCUCUCUUCUACUUAGCGGAGAGAUUUUUGUGUCACUAUUGAAGUAAAAAAAUAUAUAUGACAGAUGUUCUUCAUUUUAUUUUAUAUAUAUAACUUGAAAACAAAGCAGAGGACAUAAAACCAGACGUGCCCUUCUGUGGACUUUAGAGAACAGUGAAGUUAAGUCUGAGAUGUUGUGAAAUGUUCAUUCUGUGUCCAGGUUUGAUGGCGUUCAGAGACUUGGUAGUAAUCCAUGAAACUUUCGUACUUUUGUAAUAGGUGUCAGACAUUCAGGCAAGGAGGAUAUUAGUGAGCUGGAGCGCGCCUACAAAGCCGGAGAGUGAGAACGGUGAUACGGAAGAGGACUGUAACCCCCCGGACCCCUUCAGCUACGAGGUCUCGGUUUCUUUUAGUGGAAAAGAUGGGAAGUACAAGAGCAUGUACUGGUGAGCAUUCACAGCUGAUCCUGUCUGAUCAUUUUCAUACAUGGAUAUUUGUAAAAAGAAGAGAGUUAUUAUUUUUGUCUUUUGGUGCAGUGGGGAAGAACUAAGUGCUACUUUGGAAGACCUUCGACCAGCAACAGACUAUCAUGUCAGGUUAGUGCUCCACCAACACCACCACCACCACCUUAAAUGCCGUUUCAACAUAAGUCGAACAUUUUAUAACUUCUGCUUUUCUUCUCUCAGGGUCCAGGCCAUGUGUAACUGUUUACAGGGAAGCCCAUCUGAGGCUGUGAGCUUCACCACAUUAUGCUGUGAGCCGGAUCCUCCCAAUGCUCCAAGGAAGGCCAGCGGGACCAAGAACACACUCGUACUACAGUGGAAGGUAAAAACAGGAUAGGUUAAACCACAGUUUCCAGAUGUACAUCACAAGUAGGAGCAGCAACCAUGAGACAGACAUCAGAGAUUUAUUAAAAGAGGAUAUCUGGUGAUCAGAAAUCAAACGAUAUGCUUUACCUGCAGGCUCCAAUCGACAACGGCUCGAAAAUCCAAAACUACGUGCUUCAAUGGGACGAGGUAAUUUUCCUACACUCAUUAUUUUAUGAGCGACUGUGUGAUGAGGUUUUCAGCGUUAAAACUUGAGGCUUUUGUCUCUGAAGGGAAAGGGCACUGGGAUUUUUGAGCAGUGCUACUACGGACCUCAAAAGCAGUACAGAGUCACCAAGCUGUCUCCAGCUUCAAGAUACGCCUUCCGCCUUGCAGCAAAAAACGACAUGGGUGUAAGGUAGGCGCCUAAACAUGCUAGGAUAUUCCCCUCCCUCUUGUCUAUUUUUAUGUGACAGUUUCGUCCAUUCACUGUCUCCACCUGUGCGCUUAUAUAUCUGUGUCUCACUCUGUCUCUCCCGUCGCUCUCUCCCAUUCUCUCCCAUCCUCCGUCUCUCUCUGCCCUCCCCAGCGAGUUCAGUGAAGUGGUGGACCUGUUCACCUCAUGCAGUGUGCCAUUGCCACCCUUCCCUCCAGAGCUGGAGAUGGCGGGGGUGACCUGGCUGUGUCUGAAGUGGCAGAGGCCCACCAGCUCUCCGAAAGAGGAUGACAUCUACUAUAUUUUGGAGAUGGAGGAAGAGGGCUCGGUAUGUCUCUCUCACUUAAUCUUUUUGUGAAAAUAGGGAAACCUGCUGUUGUGUGUGUUGCUAAAACACAUAUAUGACUAUUAGAGUUAGACGAUUAAUCAAAUUUUAAUCAUGAUUUCGAUUUUGGCUUGAAUGGACCCCUGUUACGUGCAGCUGCAACAAGCUUGUGUGGCUCAAUAAUAUGAGUAGCAAGCGAUUGAAAACAUGGCAGAAAGGCAGCUUUUUAUUGAGAAGUAAGGUAGAACAACUUAAGUUACCUGGAAACAUUUUGGCUUUAAGUUGACGGACGUUGAGCCAAAGGAAAUUGUUCACCGAGUUUGUCAUGCUGUCGCUUCUGCUCCCAAGGCAACACAACCAACUUCAGGGUUUUCCCGGUAUGCAGUUGAUCGUGGCUCACCGCCACAGCUAAUUAAAAGCCGGCACACCUUAAAAAUAUAUAUUUUUUAAAAUUUGCGUGGCUCUAAUUUGGACUCGGAUGUACAGUGCUUCCGGAAAGUAUUCAUACCACUUCCCUUUUUUUCACAUUUUUUUAUGUUACAGCCUUAUUCAAAAAUGGAUUAAAUUCCUUUUUUCCCUCAAAAAUUCUACAUAAAAUACCCCAUAAUGACAAAGCGAAAAUUUUAGACAUUUUGCAAAUUUAUUAAAAAUAAGACACUCAUGAAUACUUUCCGGAUGCACUGUAUCAGUAUAUGCACGCGCACAUGGGCGCUGCUAAUACUCUGCACGCACGUGGCGUACUAGCAUUAACAAGUUAUCGUCGGCGAUCACACAGCUGAUUAAUCUUUAUUUUUUACUUGUUACAUGUUUAUUUCUGGCUUUUCAUUUAAGUUGUAUUUAAAGUUAAGUUUUGGUUGUUCAGAAAAUACUCAAGUUUUUAAAUUAAUGAAUUAACGUGUUUAUUAAUCGUGAUUUUAAAAUCAGUCUAAAUACUCAUGAUUAUUGUUUUCUGCCAUAAUCGUCCAGCCCUAAAGACUAUGUUUGUCAUAUAUGACCUUAAUUUUUUUUUCUUUUUGGUACACAUCAAAUGUGAUAUGUACAUGAUAUUUAUAGUUUCUCACUGAUUCAUGUGUUGUGUCGGUAACUUGACAUCUCAGCGGUUUGCUCUUAAUCUUUCCUUGACAUUUAUGCUUGUUGUCACCUCUGUCUGCACCCCCUCAAGCAGUUACCCACAGACAGUGAAAUCCCGAAAAAGUACCCUCCUCCACUGUUCCUGUUCGUCUUCAGCACACCUCUUUGUUUUUGUACUACAAUGGUUGUUGUCUUGUUAAGUCAUUGCUCACCUGGUUGUUUCUUUUCUCCCUCUGUCAUUUGUCAUCGUCACAGGGAUAUGGCUUCCAGCCCCGCUACGAUGGCGACGAGCUUUCUUGCACCGUCAGGAAUCUCCACAGGAGUACCAAGUACAAGUUUCGGGUAAGGAAGCCCUGCGAUGUUUGCCUGUGUCAGAGCAGGUGAUACAUAGGUUUGAUUUGCUGCAGUGUGUUCUUGUGGAGGGGGGAAGGCUCCUGGCGGGGAGGGCGCUGAGGCCCACAGUGGUCCUAUGACUCAUCUGUUUGCGGGAUUCUUCAUAAGGGCAAUGGGCAACUGAGAGCAUAAACACCAGAACUCCAGUGCUCUUCACAAGCGGGGCCCCAGUGAGAAGCCUGCCAAGCAAAGCUUUUGAGCCACAAUGGCGUUUUGCUUGGCAGCGAUGUGAUUGAGUUUGGGGACAAAUGAAUGACUUCCUCUCUAUGUCGCUGGUUGUCUGCCGCUCCCUCAUCCCCUUCCUCAUUUAUUCAGACGUUCUCUUCCACAAUGUUGACUUUUUAUUUAGUGGCUCCAAUGAACUACAGAUGACUGUCUUAAGCCUAUUAUUGCAUGACCACUGCUGUAAAGAUAUGACCCCAGUAAGCGGCUAAAUGGUUGCAGUGGGAAAGAAAGACAGAAAGAGUUUUGUGAACUGAGAGUCAAAGUUGUACCAGAACAGUAAGAGAGGAUUCUAAAUGUGCUUUGGUGACUUUUUCCAUUGUUACCAUCAACACCUCCACUGUGUUUGUAGUGAUUCACACUUUCAAAAAAUAAUCUGCAUGUAUUAAUAUCCGGAAAACACUCGCCAACAAUUAUACUAUUUAUUCUUCUUUGAGUCACAGAACUGAAGAGAAUAUAUGAUGAAAUAUCAUGUCUGUUAGAAAAAAAACAACCAGCAACAGAAGCAAAAGUAGGAUUAUUUUCUAAAUAUUCGUCUCUAAAACAAAAAUGAGAAAAAUGGGUAACGACUCAUUUUCCAAUUUUUGUUUUCUUUAGCUCAAAUGAAAAUGCGAUAAACGGAUAACAACAAUUUUAUCAGAUUUAGACUUUUUCGUCCGUAGAAAGUUUCAUGACACAGAAGUGAACAAGAAACGGGCUUGGGCGUCACGGCUGGGCUUAAAUUAUUCAUCUCUCCUAUGGCACUUUUUCCAGGAUGGCAAAAGCAAAGUUGUGUGUCUGAUACGGAAAAUGAGCCGUUAUCCUUUUUUUUUUCUUUUCGUUUUAGAGACAAAUAUUAAGAAAAUAAUUUGUUUCCUCAUUUUUUAAUUUUAGGUUUUAUUUUGAAAAAUGAAUGCACCAAUGAUACAUGUUUUCGACAUUUUUAUCUGAUUUAGACUUUUUCGUCUAUAGAAAGUGUCGUGACCCAGAAGUGAAUCGUGCACAGACGUCAAGAGAACAAGAAACGGGCUUAGGCAUCAUGGCUGGACUCGAGAAUUACUCAUAGCUCAUAUGGCACAUAUCCGACCCUGUCUGAUAUGUGUCCUUUUCUCCUCAGGUUGUUUUGGGCACAGAACCUUUUGACAUUUCAGAACACCUCGGCACUCCCGCCUCCUGCAGCGCAAUGAAAAUCUCUGCACGAGUUUUUUCAUCCUUAAAAAAAGUUGAUGAUUGAGCUCUGAAUAAUUCUCGAUUCCAGCCGUGAUGCCAAAGCCCGUUUCUUGAUCACUUCCAGGUCACAAAACUUUCUACUGACGAAAAGGUCUAAAUCAGAUAAAAGUGUCGUUAUCCAUUUAUCCCAUUUUCAUUUGAGCUGAGGAAAACGGAAAUCAGAAAAUGAGUCAUCGUCUGAUUUUUCAUUUUCAUUCCAGAGACGAAUAUUUAGAAAACAGUUUGUUUUGUAGUUUCUUUAUUUUUGGUUUUAUUUUGAAAAUCGAAUGAACAAAUGAUACACGAAUUGUUACAGCCAGAUGUGUCGUUGGUUUUAGUCUUUUUUUAGAAUUGAUCCAUAAUUUUGAAAUCUCAGAUCUUUGCUGUUGUGGUUUCAACUAAUUUCACAUUUGUAAUAGUCAGUUACCAGUAAAGAUGCCUAAUCAAAUAACUGAGCUGCAGCACAAAUAUUCAGAUAUUUUUAUUCAGCAGGCAACAAGUCAUUAUCUGCCCAGCCAGGAAGCCAUGAAAUCAUAUUAAAGCAUAAACUGAUAGGAUCAUUACAUUUUCUCAUUGUUCACAGAACUAAAAGAAGUCCUCUCAGCAUCAUCCCUAAACAUGAUAUUGACAGGGAGGUAUUUUGUGCCCACCAUAUGUCCAAAUGACAGAAAUGAUCAUUAGUCACCCUCAAGACUCCCCCCCUCCAUCAUUUCCAAUUAUCUCGCUGCGCAGUGUGUGGGGAGGCUUGAUGCUGUGCUGGUUUGUCUUGGUACAGUAUGUGGAUGAGUUGCACUCAGCAGGCUCACAGAGAUCUGCCCAUUAUCGCAGAUAUGCAACAAUAAAAUAAAAUGCCUCUUAAGCUUAUUGCCUCACUUUCUGAUUGCAGUGCUCAGGGUGUCUAAACAGUUUUGUGGAAAUGUGUUUGCAGAUGUAAAGAGCUGCAUCGUUUUGAUAAUGUGGUAUUUGUUUAUGGCAGAGGGUGUGUGUUCACUCCUUAACCCUCACCCCUUCAUUACCUUUCUCUGAGUCUCGUCAGCGUUUGUUAUCAGGAAUCAUAAUGAGCUUCAUAAUACACUCGCCCUCUUUGACUCUUACUGACGGUGAAUAUAUGACUCUGCACUGUGCCUGUGUUCAUGCACAUCCUCCAGGUGGCGGCAUACAACUCAGAGGGAAAGAGUAACCCAAGCCAGGUGGUUGAGUUCAUCACAAACCCAGACAGACCCAGCAGUCCCUGCAGGCCUGUCAUCAGAGGGAGAGUUCUGCCCAACAGUUUCAAGCUGGCAUGGGGUGAGUAUUUCCUACUCCUGAGAAAGAUGGUUUUACCUUUUUUCACUUUUCUCAUUUAAUCCUGACCGACCACAGUCAAAUCUUAAAGGGAUGAUAGCUCAUGUAGUGUGCACAGUAGACGAUUGACAGUUCUGCAGCAUAUUCAGACAUAGUGAUGAAUCCUUCCCAGACCUCACAGGACAGACACGUCACUCUCAGCUGGACUGUAAAUGGAAAAAAUGCAUCUCUGAAAGCAGUUUCCAUGCCAUAAGCGAUGUGUGUAUCAUCAGCUUAUUGUAUUUAAUAUGUGUAGUAAAUCAUAAUGAGUUUACUGUUAUUAAACUCCUUCCAAAAUUUAGAUGUCAAAUAUAUAAUUACAAAUACCAGGGAUGCACCGAUCCGAUAUUUGGAUCAGAUAUCGGCUCCGAUAUUGACAAAUUAACUGGAUCGGAUGUCUGAUGAAUGACGCCGAUCCAUCGUUCCGAUCCAGUCUUUUUUUCUGUUAAUUGAUAUCAAACACAGCGAUUCUGUUCGCUCUAUAUUUGUCUGUCUAUCCUUUUGCACUAAAUGUUUACAUGGAAGUCUUACUUCUUUUGCUGUGUGCUAAUGUGCAAUUUGUCAAUAAAUAAUAUGAAGUAAAUUUCUAUCUGUUUUAAUUUGUUACCCUUUUUUUUAACAAGGCUAAUGUCAAGCCUGAUGCCUUCACUCACAGGGCGAGGUAUAAUGUUCAUUCAUUCAAUAUUGGAUCGGUAUCAGAUAUCAGCCGAUAUGCUCAGCCCAGGUAUCGAUAUCGGAUUGGAUCGGAAAAAAAUGGAUCGGUGCAUCUCUAACAAAUACAUUUAUAGUUAAUUUUUAUAGUUUUUUUAAGUAUCUGAAUAAAAAAACUGAUUUUGUGAGGCUUCAUAGUCGAAGAAGUGAGUUUAUUCAUUUUUUCUUGUUCAUUUCUCAUUCAGAGCCUCCAAAAGAAACUGGAGGAGCAGAGGUCACAAAGUAUGUUGUGGAGCUGUCUGAAGGCUUGAGUGGUGAGUUAUAAAUGAUUAUGAUAAAAAAACGUUUCAUUAUACAAGUGAAACUGGCGUUGAUGCUUUUGAAAUACAGAAUUAAAGCGAUCUGAUGCUGUGUUUGUUUUUAGGUAUGACAUGGGAGCUGGUGUACACAGGGCCAGCCAUGGAACAUGUGUGUGAAGGCUUGAAACCUGGCUGCUCCUACCAGACACGAAUUUACUGCAUGAGCGAGGGGGGGCAGAGCCCGGUGAGUCAUUCAGCAUCAGCACAUGUGCACACCCAGUCGCGCCCACUGUUCUAUGUUCCCUGCCACAGACUUUCUGUGGAGUUUGCUGAUCAGUUCCAUCGAUGUAACAGUGGACACGUUUUUUCUGUGAAGUAAAAAAGACUCUCCAGUUAUCGGCACGAAUCUUCAGGCUGUUAUGUACACUUUCAUCGUCAGGGCCAGCAGGAGGAGUCUCACCACACCCUCAGAUCACUUCUACAUGAAUAAUUCCAGACAUGCAGUGUCUAUUUAUGUGGAUUUUAAUAGAAAAUUAUCAUUGAGCCAGUGUCCUAUGUUGGGAGAUUAGACUGUGCUUCCUAGUGUGUAAGUACAAGACAAAGCCUGCUAAUCGAUUAACCCUCCCUGCAUGUGUCGGAGGAUGUUUUUUCUUAAUUAGUUCAGUUCACAGACACUCUUCAUUAAUUUCUUCAUCAGCUGUUAGUGCAUGCAUUUAUUCAUGAUGGGGCUUGUGCAGAAACAUGACUCAUGGCAAGAUCCUGCCUUUUGGUGCAGCGCAAUGUGACAUAACACCCACAUAUUUGCCUCCUGUCAUUGAAGUCAAGAGUCUGAGAGACAGACGAUCUCUUUAAUGUAAUUGUUGCCUUUGUGAGGACGAGAGGAUAUCUGUCUGCGCACAAAUAUAUGUCUGUCUCUGCGGUGGUCCGCUGAGGUCUGUUUGAAUCAGUCCAAUGAGCUGGUUAAGACAAUGAUUUCCUACUGGUGUGUGUGUUUUUGUGUCGUGCGAGAGGAAGAGGAGAAGGGCGAGAUUGUCAAUUUGUUUUUCUCUGGGUUUUAAUUGGUGUGUUGCCUUCCCUUGCAAGCUGUCGGAAACCCUGCAGGUCCAGACUCCCGCAGUGCCCCCAGGGCCUUGCCAGCCCCCUCGGCUGGUGGGCAAGCCCAAAGCCAGGGAGUUGCAACUGCGCUGGGGUGAGUCAUUCCUCUCCAUCUCAGAUCUGUGUGGGAUGCAUUCUAGCUUCUGCUGAUGCAUUUAUUUGUCUGGCAAACUACCUCAAAACAGCAUGCUUAUAUCGUACAGUUUGUUUGUAUUUUUUCUUUAACCAUUUUAAAUCUUAUUAAUGUCAAUAUCCUAUAUGUCAAAUAAAACAGUGUUGUUUCAUAAACACUGGCUACGCACAUUUUCCAGGUCCCCCUCAGGUAGACGGAGGCAGCGCUGUGUCCUGCUACAGCGUAGAAGUGAGUGGGCAGCAGUCUGAGGAGAGCAGGGAGGUUUACCAGGGUCCAGAGCUGGACUGCUCUGUGGGAGGCUUAAUGCCGGGUAAAACCUACAGCUUCCGGCUCAAGGCUGCAAACAAAGCUGGGGUGAGGAAAAAAUUUAAUAUAAGGAUUGAUUGAUACAAGGAGAAAGGAGUUUCCUUUGUUUAAUAUUACUAAACAUGUCUCAGUAGAUGAACAUUAAAUAUGUUUGUCAUUUUUCGGACAGUUUGGACCUCUUUCUGAGCGCUGUGAAGUGACAACCGGCCCCGGGGCCCCUGAGCAGUGCAAAGCUCCUUCCACUACAUGCAAGUCCCCCAGCUGUGCUGUUGUGAGCUGGGAGGUAGGACCAUCAGCCACUUUCUAUUCCCCCACUUUUUGAAGUUAUGAAUGAAUGUAUUUAUUUCAAACAUGUAUGCAAAGAAAUAAAAUGAUAGAAUAAUAUAAAUGUAAUGUAAAUGAUAGAAAAAAAAAAGACGUGAAGUGAUUAUACAUGUUCGAAAAGGAGUAGGAAGAAGAAAAUACUUUUUAAAUUCCUAUCUCUUACUACUUUUUCUAAUGGGUUUAGUAUAAAAAGAACAAAUUCUGCUAUUAAUGCAAUAAAUUAUACAUAUGCAUACUACAAAACAGAUAAUCAAUAUAAAUGUUUAUCUACCUACAACAGAAUCUAUGAUAGAUAGAUAGCUAGAUAGAUAGAUAGAUAGAUAGAUAGAUAGAUAGAUAGAUAGAUAUGGAUAGUUAUAUAGAUUAAUAUUAUAGAUAUAAAUACAUACUAUAACUAUAUCUAAUAUCAGUCCACUAUAUAUCAAAUACUACUCAAUUUCAGCAUAAUUUUUCAUGUUUUUUUAUUUAUUUACCUUUAAUUCUGCUAUUAAUGCAAUAUAUUCUACAUAUACAUACUACAAAACAUAACACAUAACACAAAAACGUUUAUCUACCUACAACAGAAUCCACGAUAGAUAGAGAGAGAGAUAGAGAGAUGGAUAGAUAGAUACGGAUAGGUAUGUAUAGAUAGAUAUGUAUAGAUAGAUAAUUAUUGAGAGAUGGAUAUGGAUAGAUAGUUAUUUAGAUAUAAAUACAUACUAUAACUAUAUCCAAUAUCAAUCCACUAUAUAGCACAUACUAAUCAAUUUCAGCAUAAUUUUUUUUAUUUUUUUAAUUAUUUAAUUUAACCAUAUGCAUUAAUGAACAUUUACAUUUAAAUGCAUGAGAUUAUAGCCAAGCGGCCCAUUUCCAUCCCCAGUCCCAUUAGCAGGUUGUUGUCAAUACAUCAAAUCAUUAAUAGUAAUGACACACAGAGCAUAUCAGCAACAAUAUAGAUGACAAACAAACCAAAAAUAAAACAGGAGAAAUGAACAGGAGUUGUGUUUCAUUUGUGUCUCAGACCCCUCCCAGCAAUGGUGCUCCAGUGACAGAGUUUCGACUUGAGUGGGGGGCCGCUGAAGGCAGCAUGCAGGUGUGUUACAGCGGAACGGGCCUCAGCCAUGAAAUGAAAGGGCUGCUUCCUGCAACCAACUACUUCUGCAGGGUACAGGUGAGAACAAAGAGGCAGUUAAGUUUCUAAUUAGUUUUUUUAAUUAACAUUUGUUCCUGAUGCUGAGAGAGAGAUACAGCUCUCCACUUAUUAUGGAAAAUUACCUUUUAUCUAACAAACCCGACAUGAAUUAGACAUUUUGAGAAUCCUAGAGGCUUCAAAAACCAAAAAGCUUCAUAGUAGAGUAAAAAAUUUGGUUCUACUGUUUUUGAAAAUUUUGUUUUUCUAGUAAAUGAAUCGUUGUUAUCCACUUUUCUUGCAUACUUAUGAAGAGGACAUCACGACCGAAUGUUAUAGCUGUGUUUCGUUUUUAGGAUUUCCUUCACGGUGCGGUUUGACUCUGUCGUGAUCAAUGAGAGAUCCUUCAUUCACUCAAACUCACUUUUCUCCGUAGUUAUGAGUCGGCUCAUAAAGCAGCAUGAUAUUCUAUUUCUCAUUCGUGCCGUUGCAGACGUUUUAAACUGUGACCAACAAAGCCAGACUGAGUGUCACAGAGACACGGUCUGGCAUUUAAGUGUCCUUUGGGUCUGGUUUGGGCUGAAAUUUCAGGCUCGACUUUCAAUCUCUUUCGCAGUUUAAUGGCAGAGAAAAGAUCUGGCUGCUCGUGGGUUAUCACUCGCAGUCUGCUUAGUUUCCUCGCUGAAUCUGAUGGUGCACAGGACAGCCAGGAUUCAUCUGGUAGUCAAGACAUAAACCAGACUUUCAUUUAACCUUCCUAAUUCCAAUUUAUAAAAAUAAGAUUACAUAUCUAUUCACUUUAUGGCUUUAUUAGCAUCAGAAAUUACACUUUUAAUAACUUGUUGAAACCCCAAGUAAAGAUGUUAACAUUAGAACUCCCCCCUGUGGCCAAGCGUGAACAUUACAAGCGUCCUUUCACGUCACAAGUGAGAAAUUGACGGUGACUCCUGUGAUUUGUUCUCUGCACAGGCUGUGAACGUAGCCGGAGUCGGACCCUUCAGUGAGGCGGUGUUGUGCCAGACGCCCUGCUCUGUGCCUGCAGCCAUCAGCAACAUCUACGUGCUGAAGGAGUCGGAGAUGCAGAGGUACGAGACUCAAGCGGAUGCGGAUGAAGAGGAGGAAGAUGAAGAGAGUGAUAACCGACCGCCACUGUUCUACUCCCCGUCCACCUGCCUGGGUAUAAGCUGGGACUCCCCAUGUGAUCACGGCUCUGAGAUCACUUCCUACCUGAUUGACCUUGGCGAGCGCCAGCCUAUCGUUGUCGGUCCUGUUACCAAACACAUCAUGCAGCAUCUGCAGCCUGACACCAGCUACAGGUGGGUGCUUUUCCACAGAGAAAUCAGGAGUUCACACAGUAUCACUGAACUCAUUCAUUUUCAGGUUCAUUCAUGCAAUUUUCACCCAGUGCCAUAAUUGACCACAACAGAAAUUUCUGUAUCUUUCAGGACCCACAGAAUAUCUUGUACUUGGACUAGAAUUAAAUGCAAUAUCUCAAAAGAAAGAGGGGAUUCUCUUCUUUCACCAGAAAAAAAAGUUCGUCUCUAAUCCACUCCUGUGUUUCGUUAUUCCCUGCUCUAUGCAGCGUGGUCAUAUCAUCUUUGCUGAUCUGGAAAAACACAUUUUUACAAAGAAGAGACUUUUAAGCAAAACUCUGAUCGUCUAUUUCAGUUUCCGUUUAUUUGGAUCCGCCAUUAGUUACAGCAAAGAGCCACAGCUAUUCUUCCUGGGGUCCAUCUACACUUCUGAACAUGUUCAUCCUUCUAACAUACAUCUACAUAUAAGACAAGACAGUCAAGACACCAACAUCACAUCCAUACCAUCACUCCUCCCACACAGUAGCUCUAUCAUUGACCUCCUCUUCAAAGAACAGUACAUCAAAAACAAUAUUUACAGAACAAUAAAAGAAAAGUGGAGAGACAAACCAAGCUCUCAUUACAUUGGGUUUCAGCCAACUAAGCUCUUGAAAGUUUUCAAGGUAUCCCAUAAGUAAACAAAAACAUUUUCAGUUUCUUAUUAAAACAGCUUCUGUUAUUAUUUGAGAUUAAAAAAUUUGGUAGUCGAUUCCAUGCCACCAUGGCUCUGUAGUGAACUGUUCCCUUCCUUACAUUCGUUCUACAUAGAGGCAGCCAGAAUCGGCCCUCUGAUACCUGCCUCGUACAGUGUUGUUCUACCUCCGAAAAAAAGAUAAAGUUCAUUUCACUUUAAACUUCUUUACUGGUGGCAUCAAGGUCCUCCCUUCUCAGAUACCACUCCUCAACACUCUCGAGAUUCGGUCGUAUUGGCUCUCAAGAACAUGACGCCACAACGUAAACCACAUGUACUGCUCGCAUCCUCCUCGCCGGGACUGUCGCUGAAUUCUGGCUCACCAGUACUGGCACCGGUGGCACAACGACAUGCUGUAAAAUUGUUUCUUUGAUUGUCUGCUGACGAUGUGAAGGUCCGGUACCGGGAUCUCCACUGGAUUCGGAGACAGUAGCACCGCGCCCACGGGAGCCGAUACGCUGAGACGUUAGCUCUUGCCUAAUGACUUCGGCAUUUUCCUACUCUCAUUCAUUAACGGCUCCACAAGUCGGCUAAUUGGCACACUUCUCACUGGCGAGUACUAUUUGUCGGCUUUUCUGCGUUCAGAACAACCCCAAACUUCGUUGCAUGUCGGGAAGGAGCGCCCUCUGGUGGAAAACCAAAAAACUGAAAAAUCUUUCAAAAUCCAUCAAUGGCACUGAAUGAGCUAACAGUGUUUUUGCAUCUUACAAACGAUUCCUGUAAAUAAUGUUGAACUUGAGCGUGCACACAUACAGACACACUCACACUCAUGUAUUAACCAAGACUGUGAUGUUGUUUUAGAAACAGUUCAGCCUUUUUUUUCCCGUAGUUCAACAUUUCCUCUGUUCAGUUCAGCCCAUUGGACCAGAUAGUGUUUGUGUCUUCUUGAGCAACAACUUUGAAAUUCAUGAAUUCAUACUGACUGCACAUUGACAGAGGCUGAGCAUCAACACGCUCACUCAAAGGGGGUGAAAUACUGUUUACGGCAGUAAUCUUCUGCUCAGGUCGGCUCAGUCCUCUCAGCUCUUUGAUCUCCAUUCUUCUCCAUCCUCCUCAGGAUCCGAAUCCAAGCCCUGAACAGCUUGGGUGCAGGCCCCUUUAGUCACACCUUUAAGCUGAAGACGAAGCCCCUGCCCCCGCAGCCCCCGCGCCUGGAGUGCACCGCCUUCAGCCACCAGACCCUCAGGCUCAAGUGGGGUGACGGCCCGGCUAAAGCCUCGACCUCAGACGCUCUCCAGUAUCAGCUGCAGAUGGGGGACAAGAGCGGCAGGUGAGUCGCCCAUUAGUGAGGCGAGAGGAAGUGACAAGAGAUAAGUGAUAAGAGAAGAUGACUGUGUGAAAAGGGGAGGGGCUUACAGAGAGGAAUGGUCUAUACAGAGAGGCAGAGAAUAUUUCCUGACAGAGGAAUCGCAUGUCAUAGUUGGCUUUUUGUCAUCUUUACCCUUUUACUCAUUAAUCCCUCUCUCUCUCUCUCUCUCUCUCCGUGUUUCUGUCAUUGCAGGUUUAUAUCCUUGUACAAAGGACCAUGCCACACACACAAAGUCCAGAGGCUUAAUGAGUCUACCUCUUAUACGUUCCGUAUCCAGGCCUUUAAUGAGGCGGGCGAAGGGCCCUUCUCUGAUGUUUACACAUUCACCACCCCGCGCUCUCCUCCAGCCCCUGUGAAAGGUAGAGUAGAGGAGUCCUCUCUCUCUCUUUUUAGAAGUAUCUGCGCUUCCUUUUAUUCCUGAUGUGGAUCUGCUCCUGUUAUCUUGACGUCAUUGUGCUUUCGCUUUAACCUCACUUGAACCGAGUUCCACUUGGAUCUGAUAAAGAUAGAGCAGACGAUCCCUCACUUGCCUGUCUGUCUGUCGUCGUUGAGCUCUCUGCUCUCGUCUCAAGCAGCCUCUUUUGAUCCCACAUAUUCCUCUCACUUAUACAGAUGUGGGUUUUAUUCUCCUUUGAAUCAGGCAGUCAUGUGCCAGUUUGUCAGAGAAGUGAACUCUUAACCAAUCCAAGCAUUUUCUUUAAACCCUUACUGACGUUGUAUUUUUUUCACUAUUAAGACGAGACUUCAGGAGUUCAAACGAGAAGUUAUUUUUAUUGUUUUUGCUUAUAAUGCCACCCACCUUAAGAAAAGCAUGACUCAUGGUUAUAUCACUUCACUAAUGAGUAAAAGUUGCAUGCGGUCGUCUUGAAUUCUCUCAGUUCAUCAGCUAAGUCGCUGUGCGGAGUUAAAACAAGUAUUUCAGUAUUAAGCAAAUAGUUUCUGCCGCAGCCUCGCUUUGAACAAUUCCCCGAAGCUCCGAUUCAGACAGAGUUCACAGCACACAAUAAUGUUGGGAGUUUGAUGUCUGUUUUUUUCUUCUAUUUCACUUUAAAUCAAAGCUGUGACCACUUUUAGAAGAUUUGUUUUAUUCUUAAUUCGAACACGUCUCUUUGACUUCAAAUAAAACAGUUUUGUGUUUCUGGAUUGUUCAGAAAAACACCUGAAAAUGAACUUUAUUGAAGAAGUCGCUGACUGUCCUUGUCCUCCAUUUUUCAGCCCUUAAAGUGGAGCGUCUGGAUGACAACUCCUGUGAAGUCACUUGGGAGGCCCUGUCACCAAUGAAAGGGGAUCCAAUCAUCUAUACCUUGCAGUGCAUGAUGGGAAACUCUGACUUUAAACAGGUACACACCAUGUUUGGGUGAAGACUGUCUUCCUUCACUGAGAGCUUUAAUGCAGAUCCGGGUACAGAUGGAUCCGGACCCUUAAUGUGUUCACCGCGGCUUUUCGUAUCUGUCACCGCUGGUUUGAAAUGGUCCAUUAAUCAAAGGUCGCUGAUCCAUGAAGUAUUCAAGGUGUCACAUCCAUCCCUCUCAGCGGCCUCCACCCAUGUUAACGUGGAAUAAUGACCACAGCAGGCUUAUGCUAAUCCGACCACAUCAUACAUGGCUAUUGAAUCAGGCAGCUGAAAUAUGAGGCUGUCAUCGAGCAUGAGCGUGUUUCCAUCGCCCGCCGUCCGUCUCAGCGGCCUAGACGCCGACGCUCAUGUUUGAGGAAGGGGGAUCAUUCAUUUCCUGGGGGAAGAGGUGUGACUGAGGCAGUUUGCCUCACUCUUUGCACCACCCAGGGGGUAAGGAGGCUGGUGUUACAUGCAUGGUGCAGUCUUCUUUGUUCUUUCUCUGGUGUAGAUCUGGUAAAACAAAUUGAUUCGACCCUGCUGCGAUGGUUUCAGUCUCCAGUAUUUAUUCAUUUUUUAAAUUCGGACCCCGACAGAGAACAAAACAAGAAAUUAAGGAACGUAUUGAGUUUUGUUGGUUUCAUUAUGAAUAAAUAGUUUAGUCACUAAGAUGAGAACAGGAGAUGACAAAAACUGUAAUGCUAACAAGGGCUGGGCGAUAAAAAUUUACCAAUACCAAAAUUUAUGACAAUAACUGACGUCAUUUUGCACAUAAUGGUAUAUUCGGUGUCAAAAUAAUGAAUAAAUGAAAGUUGGUUUUGGAUGUGUGAAGGUAGGCGAUGAUCUCUGACUGUUUUUCCUUUUGCCUCACCACACGCCUUAUGUCAUUCAAAUAAUGUCAUGCUAACAGUGUUUCUGUUAUUGUUAUGAACCAGGACUCACACUCUUAGAGCUCAAGCUAUUACUGAAAUUUGCUCUGCAUUACAAACAUUAGUAUGUGGUAUAAAGGAGAAAACUGGAGGAUAGGGCUGGGCAAUAAACUGAAAUUUACAGAUACUGAAAUUUACGACAAUAACCGACGUCAUUUUGCCCCUUAUUGGUAUAUUCGGUGUCAAAAAAAUAAAUAAAUAAAAGCUGGUUUUGGAUGAGUGUAGGUAGGCUAUGGUCUCAUGUCCCUUUAAGACGCUGUCCUACGUCAAAAACGUGACUCCACCCCAUCCAGUCUGUAACAAAGAGGGAAAGACAGGUGAGGAGAUGGAGGACGGUUCAAAAGUUGUAACGGCUGAAGUAGACGAAGAUAAUGUGGGAGGGGUGAGCAGCUUGUGGAGUAGUUAUCGUCCAUUUAUUGUUAACAAGGCGAUAUGGCCUCAAUAUAUAAUCAUGAUAUUGAUUUGAGGCCAUACCACCUAGCCCUAAUGCUAACAUUCGAGUGGAUCAGGCUCACAUAGGUUUCUGUGAGUUUGACUGUGUUUUCGGUCGGUAAACAAAAGUGGCAAAUGUUUUUACUUUUUAUUCCAGGCCAGUCUGAAUUUCGUAAAGCUGGAAUAGGCAUCCAAACAUUUUGUCAGUUUGGUCUAAAACUUGGAAAAUUUGAUAAGGAUUUUGUUUUGGUCAGUCAGAAGCACUAAGAUGACGUGUUUUUUUGUCUGCUUAAAACACGAAGAAAGGUUCAGGGUUAUAUCGUCCUUCAGUGGUUCAUUGAUCGUAUCCCCACAAACAUUUUCCUUAAAAAGAUGGUGAAAGACAAAGAAACAGCUGAUCUGAUUGAACUCUUCCUGUCUCCCUCUUUUCUGCAGACCUACAAAGGCUCCGCCACAUCCUUCCAUGUGCAGAGCCUGCAGCCCAACAGCGACUACCGAUUCCGGGUGUGUGCUAUCAGACAAUGUCAGGACGCCCCUGAGUUAAGCGGCCCCUACAGCCCCACAGUGACCCUUUCACCCCCAAGGAACGACACGGCUUCAAGCGCGACCGGGUCGGGGUCCAAGGCCUGCACGGAGUCGAACCGAGCCCGGCGGAGUCUGACGGACGAGCAGUGCGCUUUCCUCCUCCUCAUGGUUUUCGCAGUCAUUGCUAUCCUGAUCGCUUUUGUCAUCCAGUACUUUGUCAUUAAAUGAGCAGUUUGCAGCAGCGACCUGCUGCAGGGUUAUAGCUUUAUUUUCCCCCCUCUCUCUGUUGUUUUGUAUUCUUUGUUUUGUACUCACUGUUUUUUCUCUCGUUAACAGAGUAAUCACAUUAGGGCUGGUUAGUGAGAGCUGAAUAGCAGUUAGAAUUGGGGAUAUAACACCUUUUUUUGGCUCCUGUGAUACCUUCCUGACUCUCCUGCCUUUGUCGCCCUUUGCCCGACUUUGUGGUAUCUGUUGUUCGGUUCAGUUUCUGUUCCAUCAUGAUCAGCUUCCUGCGCUAAAGGAACUCAGAAAGAGCUGGAAGAUGGUUUGCUUUUGGGGAGAGGGUCGGGGGAAGGGGUGCUUUGACUCAUGUAAUUGUUGAUCACAAUAUAUGUAUAUAUAUUUACACAUAUAUAUAUAUACAUAUAUUUACACAUGUGUAUAGAAAUAGUCAUUAUUUAUAUUUCCAUUUAUGUGUCCAGUAUGAAACUGUUUUUGAUAGAUGUGUUCCAAAAAUAGGAUGUAGGUGUUUCUUUAGCCUAUGUGCUAUUUGAUCCUGGGACCUGGUGGGCCAGUGUUUGCACAGUGGGGUUUGUGUGUAUACUGUAUGUAGUUAGUGCCACAGAGGUACACGGCUGGGAGGGCUCCAGGGCCAGAUGAAGGGACUCGACCCCCAGCUGGAGUCUAAGGGGGGUCUAGCGGGGAGGAGAGAAAUCGAUAGAAAGAAAAGAAAAUCUUGUUCACAUAGUAGAACGUUCAUUUAGCACUUUCCAACCUUUUUGAUGUUCAGAAUGUUUAAGGAUGCAAAAAUGACUGGAGAAAUGUUAGUAUAUUUUUGUACAGUGAAGACACAAGGACCUGUAAGUUUGAGGAGAAAAAAGAAGAAAAAAAAAAAGCUCAGUAUACAGAUAGAGUACAAACGAAAAAACCAAACAAACAGUGAAUUCUCAUUAUUUUUACUAUCAUAUAGUUAUACUGCUGCUUUACUCCAAAAUAUUGUUGUUCAGCACAAAAAAUGUAUGCUUACAUGUAUGUUUUUGUUUUUUUUCUUUGAUUUUUGUUUUUCCCUAGUAAUUGAUUUUUGCACCUUAGUGAAAGAAAACCUGGACUGACUCUGCGUCUCGGUCUCGUAAUGCAUUUUAUAGAACACACUUUGAGAUUGUGCAAGCCCUACUUGUGUUUUGGGUGUUUUAAAAGUUGUAGUUCCACAUAAUGUGUCACUGAAACAGCUGAUCUAGCUCAGCAGAAAAAGAGAAAAAAAAAAGAAAGAAAAAAAGACAGAGAAGAAAAAAAGUAUGUACCAGUUGUUUCAGAGGCCUUAAUUGGAGAGGAAAAAACCUCGGGAGGAUUUUCUUAAUUUCUCUUAAGUUUUGAUCUUUUUCUUUUUAGUGUUAGAAAGAGAAAAAAAAGACACUAAAAUGUGUUUUAUUUACUUUUACUUUUGCAGCAUUUAUUUGAUGUUAGUAAACCUUUGUAAUCAGGAAAGAAAUGGAAAGUAGAUCUAUGUUUUACUUGUGAUUUCUUAUGAUUUCCUCUGUCAGGUUAUACAUGUGUGAAGUAUAUUUUUUUAUAAUAUUGAAGUAAUAUAAGUUAAUACUCUCCAGAGAAAAUAAUAAAUCCUGAGUACCCAUGAAUCAUGGAAUGGAAACGGCAGAUACGAAAUGUGUUAUAUCAUGUACUUCCUGUUGAUCUAAAUUUGCCUUUUCUCUGUGUGUUAAGUAUUCAUAACGGAUUGCUCACACUGAGUGUUCAGUGGUUAUCUGGUUGUAGGGUCUAGUGUUGUUUGGUUAUGGGCAGAUAACUGCUGUUGCAAAUGUGUAAAAGAAGAAAUACAGGUACCUUGCUAAACGUCUUGGAUAAUUACAUGAUUUGGUCUUUCAGACAUUCUGCAGAUGUCUUCUCUUUGUCAUUUAAGAAGUCAAAUUCCUAUUUUUGAUAGCGAUUGCAACGUGUGCCAUUUUAAGACCUCUUCACCCCCGGGCUUACUACCUUUGGUUGGGGAGAUUAACAAAAUGCUACAAAAAUGAGUAAAAAUAUGCACAAAAAUAGAGACCAUUUUUAUGUAAUUUUAAUGUUUGCAGUUACCUCAUACACCGUACAUUCCAAAAUGAAAUUUGUUAUACUAUACAUACUACCAGACAUAUCACUUUAAAAUGUUCGUUAUGGGAAAAUGUAUAAUCAUAGAUAUGUAUCUAAAGUGUAUCUGUAUAGCCAUGAUAUCUACAAAGGAUCCAUGCACAAUAAAAGAUUUAUAAUUCUUAAUCGUGUUUCCAAGUUUGGACAUAUAUUUCUCUUUGAGUCACUCCUGCAGUGAUAGGUGGAAAAGACAGAUUUACUUCUUAAUUGGCUAUCAGGGGUCUGUUGAAAACAUGGCAAACAUAACAGUGAUAUUAACAGUUUCUAUGUCAGAGAUAAAAGCAGAAACACAAAACUUAAAUUCAGCUUCUCAAACUAGUUUAAUCUCAUUUGAUGGAGCUUGAAACUGGAUGAUCCCAAAUCAGGGUGUAAUCACGUGGAGCUCCACUUAAAGGGAUAUUCCGGGGUAAAUUAAAGUUAUGGUCAAACACACCGUAACACAGAGUUAGACACCCCCUCAAGAGAUGAAUGUUGCCAAGAGCUUGCUUCUCUAGUUAUACCAACUUUAGUAACGACCGCACGAUAGCAAUACACAACGGUCUUCGCCUCCACACACAAACCUCAACCAAAACGCCACUCUAUAGCCACAAAUAAUGUUCAGAACAGCACCUAACUUCAUCAACGGUACAUAUAGGGUCUAAGGGCGUCCCGAUACAACUUUUAUUUACUUCCAAUACAAUACCGAUAUUAUAGCCUUCAGUAUCGGCCGAUACCGAUAGUGAUCCGACAUUGGCACAAACUUGUGCAUGACAAAUUUUGCACUCAGCUGUAAUGUCUUUUUCGGACUUUUACGAAAAAUACUGUCUCAAAGCCGACAUCCCUCCUACUCCUUGCUAGGUUUGCUUCGUUCGUACCUUAGUACACUCUGUUGUUGUCUCUGUGUGCUGGAUCCAGGCGCUGCUAGAUAGAGGUGCUGGAGUGGAGUCUGGAAUGGACUGCUUGUAUCGGAGUGCUAAUGUCGGCGAUUUUGGAUGUAGGCCAAUAUAAUCUGAUAUUUGUUUUUUGGCUGAUAUCGGACCA